ACGCUGCGCUUGUUCUCCGGUGGCGGCGGCGGCGGCACCUGCGAGGGUCGCGGAGGAAGAAUCCGGUCGGGGAACGAGGGGCGGCGAGGGAGCCUCGGGCUUGGUGCCCCUGCCUUGUUUCUGGUCCAGGUCACCCGACUGCUGUCGCUGAGAGGCUUCCGCGGAUCCAGCUCAGCCCGGGAUAAGGAGAACCGGGACUGUGUGGCCACAGAUACUUGUGUGUGUGCAUUUAUAUAGCUGUUCCUCAUCUUCCUGAAGGUAUCCAAGCGGGGGCCUGCUCAGCACCCCCUUUUCCUCAGCCAAUGACGGGGGGGGGUUUGGGUGGGUGGGGGGAUGCUUAGGGGGCGCCCGUCUGGCAACUGGGCUCUUGCACCCAUCAUCAUCUCCUGUCCUUUUAGCUAAACCAGAAAACCGUAGCCAUGAAAUUGCCAGCAACUGCAUCGUGCUAUGAAGCAACACGUGUAGAGAACGAAAUUCUAGGUUACUGCCAGUGAUUUUGUUCUUACUAGUCCUCUCUCUUGUCUUGCUCAUUAUGGUUUUAUAUAUAUCGUUACAAAGCUUCUUUUCUGAAUGCGGGUCCUUGACUGUCCUAAAGAGAUUGGCUGGUAUUUAGAGCAGUGGUCGUCUUCAGCCUUUUCAGACCCAGGAGAGAGCUUUUGCCCCAACGCAACAUGUGUUUGGGGAUCCACUUCUUAAUUACACUUGAUUUGCUAUUUAUUCUGGAGGGGUGGUGUGCUUGUUAUGAGCCAGCCUUCGGCCAGUUGUGACCCAGCAGUUGGUCCUGACUCACCAGUUGAAGAUUAAGUUUUUGGAUAAUUUGGAGAAGGAACCCCCUACAAAUGGUUUUUUUGUGUGGUGGUGACUUACAUUUUGCCCACUUUAUCAGUUCCCAAGUCCAUGGCUGAAUUUAAUGCUUGAUUGUACUUUGCUAUAACAAGUUCUGGGUUUUCUUACCUUUUUAAAAAAGCUUUAGAAUGGGAAGACCCACGUUCAAUUCCCAGCUCAACCUGAAGUUCAGUAACUUGGGUUGCCAUAUUUCAAAAAGUAAAAUUCUUGACACCCGCAAAGUUGCUCCCCCCUCCCCCCCAAAUAGGGGAGGUUUUGGAGCUGUUUCCACUGCUUUUUCUAUUGCAUUGCCAUACAUCCGGGGUUUUCUCUGACAUUUUGCAGAUUUGGCAAUGUUCCUUCCUGACGCCAUUUUUACACCUGAAAGCUGGGACAUGUCAACCAGCCUCACUGCUUUUGUGUGGUAAUGGCAUCCUGUGCAUUAGGUGCAAAAGAGAGCAGACCUGUGUGUUUAAAAACUACGGAGAAGAGGAAAUUGAGCCAGGUAAAAUGUGUACAAGUGCAGCUGAGAAAAGCUGUACGGGCUAAAAUUCUCUCGUACAGCUAUCAAUACCCUUUACAGAGUGUGCUGGGAUUCUGCAGGACUAGGGAUUACUGCAUUUAUAAAAUCUAGUAGUAAGCAGUUUUGAGAGGAUUGCAUGACAGGAGAUGUGCAUGGCUUUGUCCCUCCUGCCUUUAGACUUGCCACCUUACCUUGCAUUUUUGCUGCAACAGCAAAAUCUAUCUUCAUUGGACCCUGGUGUCGUUCUAUAUACAAAAUAUAUUUCUAAGUUUUUGUUUUCUAUAUUCCUUUCGUGAAGGGAAAGGACCCUGGGAUGAGCCUACGCCAUGGGAGUAGCAUUGACAAGAGCAGCUCAGUGGACUGCCGCUGGUUCUGGAAAAGGAACGCUGGAAAUCACACCACUGAAUGAAUCACUUUUGAAUGAAAUCAUUAAGUUUACGGAAAACUUUAGCAACAAACAUCCUCAAGAAGCUGCCUUUGUCUUUAAGGAACCACUUGAAUGGCAGACAAAACUAGAGCCUUCAAUGUUUGAGUCAGGCUAUGAAGUCAGGUAAGACCAAGGUCAAUGACCAUUUCUGAAAUAAUGUAAGUAUAAAAAGUGAAGCCUGCCCAUUAAGAUUAUUGUUCUUUAUCACUCCUUUAUAACAUAUCAACAUUUCUUGCUUUCUGUGUAUAGAUGUUGUAGGAAGUAGGCAGAAUGGAAAACAUUAUGUUGUGAUUUGUAACUUCCCAUUCCACCCCUUUGGGGCCUCCUCCUAUUACUUUGCACUUACAUUUUCACACCAUCCGGAAUUCAAUAGAUUUCACAAGCCUGUGCAUAGAUUCAUAGUGACGAAAGCUCACCAGUUCUUGUAGUAAUAGCAAAGGGGAUAUUCCAACCCAAGUUAAGCACUUUGUCAUUGAUUCAAUGGAACAUAAAUCUUAUCUUUGACUCUGUUGUACCCAGAGGUAUCUGUGUUUACUGAUGCUCUGACCAGGCAUGCAUAUUAAAGAGGUCCUGAAGAAGAAUGACUGUAGAGGGGUAGAAAGCAUUGUCAGAAGCAGGUUUUAAUCCCUCUGCCUCUUGAAUACUCCUACUACAUUCUUUUUAAACAACUUGCAUCACUCUUGCAAAUUUUGUAUUGUGUACAGUACAUCCAGGAGAUGCAGUGGCAUGGCUUGUAUGUCACAGUAAACCACAGUUCCUUGGUAGACUUUUAUGGCAGAAAGAAGAAGAGGUGCAACCCAGACUGGAAUAGCCAAAUUAUGCAGGGAAUGGGUUUCAUUCCCAUUAUUGUACAUUCUGUGGAAAAGGCAACUGGAAUGUACAAGACCGCUAGGAAAGGGAAAACACACACCUCCUAGGAAACAGGGAUGAUGGAGAAUGGUGCAAGAUGCACAUUUAACCUUUGCCCUUAAGGUAUUCCCUAGCAAAUCUCUUCUGUAAUCUCUGAUAUAAGUGACUAGGCAUCUUACUUAUUUAUUGCAUUUAUAGCCCACCUUUUUCUCCAAGAAUUUCAAGGUGGCAUACAUAUAGUUUUCUGCUCAUCAUCAUUUAAUCCCCACAACCUUGUGAGAUAGGUUAGUUAGGCCAAGAGGCAGUGACUGGCCCCAGGUCACCCAGUGGCCAAGUGGGGAUUUGAAACCUGGUCUCACUCCCAUGGGAAAAGUGAAGUGUUGUGCAUUUGAGACACUGCUGAGAUGAGGACAGAGCAUGUCCCUGGGAGGCCUCCAUAUAACCCUCUUCAGAUAAUAUGCCAGACACAGAUACAUUGUGCUUCCAAGUGUCAGUACAUGAGUCCUCUCUUAUGUUUCCCCUUCUCCGCAAUCAUAAUGGUGAGUAUUUUACUAGCAAUUGCUGUAUUACAACUGCUAAGUGAAUACCUGUAACAUCUCAGCGAUUUACAAACAUAUGAUUAAAGCUGACGUUGUCUCUGGAAAUAUUAUCAUAGACUGGAAGGAGAAGAGCAUGUGCUAUCACAUAGUGAUAGCACACAUAUCAGUGUCCCUUUUCCCUGUUGUUCAUAUCACAACUUUAGGUCUCUCUUGCAAUUUUUUCCAAUGCCAUGUAUGCUUUAUUAUAAAAUUGUUAAAAAAAUAAAUCCAGUUGUUGUGAAUUCUUGCAUAUUAAGUUGUUGUUUUAUUCUACCAGUGAAAAAACAGCUAAGUCUCAAGAAUUAGACAAAGAUGGGCAGCCACUGCUCCUGCUCAAAGGAUCAACUAUCAGCGUUCGCAGUUUUGCGCAACUGUCUCGUUUGCUACAUGUCGCUGGAGAAAAAUCCCUAAAAGAAACUCGUGCAUGCCUUGAAGGUAUUCAAGACUUAUUUGCCCACACAACUGGAAGCUUCUCAGCCAUACAGGGAUGCAGCUUUUUUGACCCCAUCCAUGUUUUGCCUUUUUCCUGCCUUAAAAAGAAUAUAAAGUAUGACAAGGACUAACUGUGAGGGGAAUCCCAUUGUUAUCUUUGUGUAAAGUCAGAAACUAUGUUAAAAUUGAGUAACCUUUAGGCCUAUUUAAAACAUUACUCUGUGCUAUUCAUGCAAAGUUAUUUUAUGUGAACUUAAGCUGUUAACUUCCUGGUGUGAUGUUUAUCUGAAUUUCUUACACUACUAUGAAUUCUUUACAGCCAAUAGAGAUCCCAUUGUGAAAAUUCUUGGCCCCGGUUAUGGGACAAUUGAAGGAGAGGAUAUGUCCAUGCUUCGUUUACUAGACAAAAUGAAAAAAGAAGAGGCUUCUGAUAAUGAAAUGAAAAUGAAGAUUUCCUUACUUCUCCAGCAACUGGAUAUGCAACUACUUAAUAGCUCUUUAAAACAGAUUUCACAGUGAGUGUAUUUCAGAUAGUAUUCGUUAUAUAUAUGUAUUCCACUUUAUCAUGCCAAAACCUAAGCCUCUCAUGCAGGCUUACUUUAUGUAAGAUGUUACAGUAAGUGCCACACUUUUAACAUGGGGGGAGGGGGGUGCCGGUACUGCGUUCCCUUGCGUACCCUCAGAAAAAAACCACUGGUUUUAGCAAAGAAGGUUUUACACUUAGCUUUAUUAAUGUGAAACCCAAGUGAUUUGAAAGGGAUUUUUUCAGGUUUGCAAAAAUUAAAGGUAUGAAAAUAUCUUUAAUGUUUUCUAUAAUCUUGCAGUACAAAUAUGUGCAAUAUGAUCUUAAGAUAAGUUCAGGACAGACAAAAUGAAUUAUUUCUAAACAACGGAAUCCACUCCCACAUGAUAUAGUAGGGCCUUGGACAGCUUUAGAAAGGGAUUUGACAAAUUCAUGUAUGAUUAGGCUAUCAAUGGCUACUAAUGCUGGUUAUAUAUUACCUACAGUUUGAGGAACAAUAUGACUCUGAAUGCCAGCAGUAGAGAUCCACAGAACUGAGAGAACAGUAUAUAGUGCCCAAGGCCACUAUACAAUUUCAAACUUUUCAUUAAAUCCAGAUUUGCCCUUUCCGAGAAAAAUGUGAUUAAAUUUAAGAACACCAACACUGUCGCUAGUGACCUGGUUGCACCAUCUGAAUGGCCUUGUUUGGUAUAUCAAGUGUCCAUUUGGAAGCCUUGGUUUAAGAAAGACCCAACAUUCCUUUCUUCCCCAUUAAUACUAUAAAUAUCUGCUUGACAAUUAGAAUAUAACUCAUUUAUUCUAAUUACAGAGAAGUGAGGUUAACUCCAGCUGUUGUGAAAAAUGAAAUAGAACUCCUUAAACGUUUCUCAGGAGCAAAAGAAGAUGCAGUCCUUGAAUCACUGGAAUAUACAUCAGGUCCAAACUCUACUUUUUAUCCAUAUCUUAUUUUUGUAAUUGCACAGUCAUUGAAAAUAUAGGCUAGUAUAUUAGCACCUACGUUAUCGGAUGGCUUAUCAGCAUCCAUUCAGCAGAAAUCUCACUCUGCCUUUGCCCUCAUGUCCUUCUUUAAGAGCUCCAAAGUGACUGAUGAAAUAUCUCAGGAUUUCACUCUUCAUUUAUAUUAAUACUAACAAUUUUUACUAUUUUAAUAAAAUGAUUUCAUGCCUCUAUGCUAGUCAUAUACAUCACAACUAUGGGCCAAACAUUGCUGUUGUUUGAUUACAGACUACGAAUUUUCAAAUGGAUGCCGUGCCCCACCUUGGAGACAAGUCCAUGGUGAAAUUUGCUAUUUGGCCAUUAAACCAGUUGACACAGAUCUUAUGUACGUCACUUGCAGCACGGCAGGAGUAUUUUUAAAUGGAGUAAGUAAUACUUAUAUUCAAGAGUAAACCUUGAUGACAUUUAUAGUUAAGAACAUGCCAAAACUUCAGAUAAGUUGCAUUUGUCUAUGAGCAGCCAGUUCUGAACCAAACAUGGGAACAGGUCAGUUAACCUAGAUCAGUGUUUCUCAACCAGGGGGCAUGUGACAAACUUGGGAGAGGUGGAAUGUUUCCAAAAAAUAUGUACAAUAUAAGUAAAAAAAAAAAGUCACAACAUUUCAAUAAAAUAAUUAGGAGAGCCAUGUUUGAAGGCAGGGGGCUUGGGAUUUUUAUGUUAGCUAAAGUGGGGGGCAUAGAUUUUAAAAAGAUUGAGAAACCCUGAUUUAGAUGCUAGUACUUCUGCUUAGCGGGUGGCGCUGUUGGUUAAACCACAGAGCCUAGGACUUGCUGAUCAGAAGGUCGGCGGUUCGAAUCCCUGCAACGGGGUGAGCUCCCGUUGCUCGGUCCCUGCUCCUGCCAACUUAGCAGUUUGAAAGCACGUCAAAGUGCAAGCAGAUAAAUAGGUACCGCUCUGGCAGGAAGGUAAAUGGCGUUUUCAUGCACUGCUCUAGUUCACCAGAAGCAGCUUAGUCAUGCUGGCCACAUGACCCGGAAGCUGUACGCCGGCUCCCUCGGCCAAUAAAGCGAGAUGAGCGCCGCAACCCCAGAGUCGGUCACGACUGGACCUAAUGGUCAGGGGUCCCUUUACCUUUACCUUUACUUCUGCUUAACCCUUUACACAGGUUGAAAAGGGACUGUACCAAAGAAAGUGCUCAGUGACUCAUUAUUUAGCCUUAUAUUUCCAAACAGUUGAGAAUGUGUAUGUCAAACUAAUGCUCCCCCGUGUUUAAAGUCCACGUCAUGCUAUCCAACAUGAGUAAUUUCCACCUUUUUUAAAAUUAGGGAGGCUUUCAAAUACCAAUUUAACUCAGCACACAGAUGUUUUAAUGCUUAUUUCACCUCCUGCAUGCUUUACAUUUUUGUUGUUCUUAAUGUUACGCUUUUUAUACCUCAGUUUAUAAAUUAGAAAACAAAUUGCUCUCUGAUUACAAUAAUGAUUUAUCAAGAAGAUACAUGUAAACUCUCAGAAAUCGUUGUAUAAAUAAAUAAAUAAAUUAAAUAAAUGAUACUGCUGAGAGAAGCUGUGACAAAAGGAGAGAAAAGAGUGGACUAAUGUUGCACUGAGUGUUGUGUUGAGCAACUUGCACUCACCUUCAGCCUCAUGAGCAAUUUCAAGGCAGAGUGGACUGAACCACACUGAAUUAUUUCAAGACAAGGACUAGAAUCCUGAGCACCUAUAUUAGGGAGUCCUGUUGAACUCAACAGAGCUUACGUCUCAGAUAUAUAUAGGAUUUCACUGUAAGUCUAUGAUUCUGAUGACUGAAACAUUUUGGUUGUGAGAUUAUGCAAGACUGGGAAGUAAGUAAACUACUCCUUUUUUUACAGGGAAGGGAAAAAGAGAAGAAUGAAAUCAAUUACGAGAGAAUGAGUGACAUAUACAAAGAUCUUGUCACGUUUUUAAGGGAAAGAUCAGCAACAUUUGUAGAAAACAUGGCUAAACAGGUAUGCAUUUCAGACUUACUCCCCAAUAACCUGUCAUAACAGUUUGCAGAGAUAAACAGCUGAAUUGUUUUUAUGUUUAGGAUGGUAUUUAUUUAUUUUUCCAUAAAAUUUAUGCAUUGAUUGUAAAACAACAGCAGCAGCAACACCCCGAAGUGGUAGCGGCACAUACACAGAAACACAAAGUAUUAGAAAUGAUUGGCUUACAGGGAUAUGGAAAUAAGUUUUACCAUACAAUCAUAUAUUUCAUAGUUGUUCAUUGGGGUUUUCUUCAAGGUACAUGGGUAUAGGAUUGAAGUCUUAGGAACUUAUCUGUUUCUAUAUACCUUUUUCCAGAACUGAGCUGGUUUUAUUUUGCAUUAUGAAUGAAAACUGAGUUUCCAAAAGCACAGUGUUCAAAAUAGUAGAACUGCAAGUUAUGCAAACAGUUCUAAAAAGUAAUUGUUACCUAAGUGUGUAAUACAGUCCCUUGACUUCCAACUAAAGAAGGUGAGAGCAGGAAAAGAGCUCUUUAGAUUGAAUAUACGUAGCCUUAGUCAAAGGCAUGGGUAGGCAAACUAAGGCCUGGGGGCUGGAUCCGGCCCUAUUGCCUUCUAAAUCCAGCCUGCAGAUGGUCCGGGAAUCAGCGUGUUUUUACAUGCGUAGAAUGUGUGCUUUUAUUUAAAAUGCAUCUCUGGGUUAUUUGUGGGGCAUAGGAAUUUGUUCACACACACCCCCAAAAAAGUUUGGCCCCCCACAAGGUCUGAGGGACAGUGGAUCCGGCCCCUUCUGAAAAAGUUUACUGACCCCUGGUCAAAGGCUUAUUGUGGCUUAUUGGAAAAAAUUGCUGGGAUCUGAUGCACUAAAAAAUGUUUUAUUAUCCUUAUUACAAUUAUUUACAUCCCAUAUUUCAGAAGACAAGUCUUUCUAAAGCAGCCUACAAGUAACAUUUAAUUCCUUUAAAAAUAAUAAUAAAGCAAAAUGAAGAAUAUCAAGUUAAGAAAAAGACUCUUCUCACAGGGCAGUUUUGGGCAGAAACUUUGCCUGCCUCUCACUGUAAGUCUUCCUAAAGAUGUUGCCAGGUCUACAGUUUUUGCCUUCGAGUCUGCACUGCCACUCCCCUCUCCCUGACUUCCACACCUUGGGGGGGGCGUCUCUCACCUUUGGGGGCCACCCCAGCCCAGGAAGCAAGAAGUGGCAAAUGAGGUGUCUGGCUCCAAGCAUUGGGGGCCUUUGCUGCUCAUGGGGUGAGUGGGGAGCUGUUGCUCCAAGAGAGGCCAAGCAGCCUUUCACCAGCCUGGUUCGUGCCACAUGGGACACCUAACUCACAGGCACACGCAAGGCUGGCUGGGGAGAGGCUGAACCUGCUCCCCCAGAGCUCCAGAUAGAGCGAGACAGGGACAAGUGUCAGCAGGAACACUUGGUGGGAAUGUCUCGGUCUCCAGUGAUGGUGGCUUCUCUUCCACCAGUUUCCCCUAAAUCUACAAAGGCAGUGUGUGCAUGUGUAGAUCAGAUAAACAAGUUGUUGAAGGGGGUCUCUCUUUUGUAAGCCUGGACUUCUGCCAAUAUACAUUGCAUUGAUUCUGGCCUUUUCACCCAAAGCCUAAGCACAUUUCUUUGGAAGCUAUAUCAACUUAUUUCCAUGGAUUGCCUAGGAUUGCAGCAAUUGGCAAAAAGCUGCUGCUCUUCCUUUAGAGUCCUACACAUGGUUUCUCUUUGAGCAGACAUCCAAUUCUUAAAGCAGGAAAAUAUCGUAUUUUAAUGAAAAAGGUCAACUGUCUUUGACAGUGCAUUCAAUGAUCAAAACCAUUCCUCUUUUUAGCUUUGCCCCUUAUGAUUUGAAUAAAAGGAAUAUUUCUCCUUUUACAAGAAUUGUCUUUGGUUUAAACGUCAGACACAGUCGGGGUGUUUCCAGCUCGCACAGCAUGUGUUGCCACCGUGCUAAGUAGUUCUAAAAUCUAAGUAUUCCUGGCUACUCUGGAUAAGAAACACAUUUUAUUCCUUAGAGUAAAAUUCACACAGUGGUUAUAAUUAACAGUGUCACAUAGUUCUUAUAGCAGACUACUGUCUUCAGGUUUUCAGUGGUUGCGGUUUGGCGGGGGGACACACGACCAUUUUAAGGUUUUGUUUUUUUAAAUGGCCAGCUUCAACAGGGUGUUAUGCUCAUGAACACCGGGUUCCUAGCUGUCAUUCCCUCCAUAGUUCCACCCCCCUAAAAGCUGCUGUUGUGUUUGGGGACAUCAUUCAGUGCUGCACAAGGCUGCAGUAAACAGAAACAUAUUAAAGAAUUCUGAAACAUUGUACUCAGUGGUUUAUGGCAGGAUAUGAAAACCGCAAAUUUGCUUUAAAUAUACAGCCUAUUUAAAUUGACACUUAGUUCCUGAAAACUGUAUUUUUCAAUAUUUAAUCUGAGGAGAAAUUUAAGAUUUGGACUCUCCGUUUUACCAGAGACAAUAUUGUUUCCUUAUUAAACUGGGAGCUCCCAAAUAUAAUCCAGGGGUAUUUUUAAAGUAAAGAAAAUGCAGGAUACAACCUGUUGCCUAGAUAAUUCAUUCAGAAUUGCCUUGGCUUUCCAGUAGCACUUGACAGUUUUUGUAAGAUAAGAAAUAUUCUGCUAAAUACUCUGCCAAAUCUAGCAUACGCUGAAUGUUUGGUAAGCAACUGGCAAUCCUGUUUGCUUUCAUUAGAGCUAUAUAUUUAAAAAAAACUCAAAACUAGAGUCCCAUCUUCUCUUUUUUCUGAACAGAGACCCAGGUUCUCGGUAUAUCCACAGUGCGAACUUAAAAGUAAUUCAAAAGUUAUGCUUUCUCUUCAGGAAGCUGUAGGUGUUUGAGGAGAUGCUGGGGAUUCUCAUCAGUAUUGCAAAAUUAGAAUUUAGUCUCGGGAUUCUUUGCAGACUGUUAACCUGGUAUAAAUGGAAUAUAUGUGUGUGCUAUAGAUAUAUCCAGAAACACUAGCCUUUAUACUUUCAGGCACUGGGAGGCUGGUGCUUGGCUUACUGGUGAGAAAAGACAGAGAAGCUAAUGCUUCUGCUAGGUCUGCUUUAAAUUCCUAUCGAACAUUUAAAAAAAAAAAUUAAGAAGAAGAAGAUAGUAUUACAGUGGGAAAGAGCUGUUUAUUGUUGAAGCCCAACACAUUUAAGAGUUAUAUAUGGUGUCGACCAGAAGUACAGAGAGUCACUCCACCAUGUGAGGUCUGGAAUAAUUUUGCUUUACAGCAUAUGGUAAGAAAACUGCCUCCUGUUUGCACAUUUCAGGCAAUUUAAGAGGAACAGGAAGAAGAGAGACCUUUUGGAGUCUUAAAAAUCUCAUCUUCUGUGCUGUAGAUUCUCUUAGUCUGAAAUUUUCCAUGCUCUGGAUAAUAUCUAUUACCUUUCUGAGUGUUGGGAGGACUCCGUUUCAAGAUUUAUUGAUCCUGAUGUUAAAAACUGCAGCUGUUUGCCCAGUUACAUAUGCAUCAGACUAAUCCGAGUUGAUCCAGUGAGUGUGAUUUGUUCGUGCAUUCAGAUUGCCUCUCCUACGUUGUGCCUUAAGUGUACAAGAGUACUCUAAGGAACAAACUGGUAUACAGUACUGCACUGUGCAGUCUUGGGAGGAUGGGGAAAACUAAAUUUUGGUGCCUCCUUUGCCCUCUACAAGAAAUAGGAACUGUAAUAAGGGGGCAUGACUGAAAAGUAUGACUGCAGAACCUUAGAGUACUGAGGUUCUCUCUCUGCCCCUGCCCCCAGCCGCAUCAUUCAGUUUUGAAAUGCAUGAAAACCGAAGGGCUCCCAUACUUGGAAUAAAUCUUGAAAGACAUGUAUUUGGCCCUGCUUGCAGAGAAACAACCAGGGGCCCACUGGAAUGCUUCUGAUAGUUCCUUUGCCCCCCCCCCGAUAUCAUUUGUGAGGCAGGUGGGUGUUGCUUAGAGAAAACAGUCUUGUGGGCCAAACUGGGACCCCUAAAGGUAAGGUCCAUUAGGUCGAGUCACAGACGACUCUGGGGUUGCGGCACUCAUCUCACUCUAUAGACCGAGGGAGCCAGCGUUUGUCCGCAGACAGCUUCUGGGUCACGUGGCCAGCAUGACUAAGCCGCUUCUGGCGAACCAGAGCAGCACACGGAAAUGCCGUUUACCUUCCCGCCAGAGCAGUACCUAUUUAUCUACUUGUACUUGACGUGCUUUCAAACUGCUAGGUUGGCAGGAGCAGGGACCGAGCAGUGGGAGCUCACCCCGUCAUCGGGAUUUGAACUGCUGAUCUUCUGAUCAGCAAGCCCUAGGCUCUAUGGUUUAGACCACAGCGCCACCCGCGUCCCAUUGGGACCCUUAGGAAAAGGUUAAAAUAGGUCUCCAUGAGCACAGUAUGCCUGUCACUUACAGUAUGCCUGUCACUUACAGGUGUAAGGACACCUUUGACUUCAACCCUGCACAAACUUGAAAAAAGAAAGUGCAGGGUUAUCAUCAGGCUACACCUCCCCUGGCUGACCAAAUAAAACUUGCAGAAACCUGAGCAAAAAUAUAAUGUAACCAUUCAGUGGUUCUCUUGCUUUAUUUCCUAGGGGGAAAGAUGACAAGGGAUCUGACUGGAAAUGAAAUUAAUUACUGUAAUUGAAAACAUUAAUUGCAAACGAGCAGCUCAAAAAUGGCUGGAUAUUUCCAAAAUAAUCCUACUUGUUGAUAAGGAUGUACGAGCAUGCCUCAGUCCACGCUGACAUUAAUUUUCUCAUUCAUCCGGUAUUUUCCAUUUUGCUGCAAUUGUUUUAUUUUGCACAAGUAUUUACCGUAUUUUUUGCUCUAUAAGACUCACUUUUCCCCUCCUAAAAAUUAAGGGGAAAUGUGUGUGAGUCUUAUGGAGCGAAUGCAGGCUGCGCAGACAUCCCAGAAGCCAGAACAGCAAGAGGGAUUGCUGCUUUCACUGCGCAGCGAUCACUCUUGCUGUUCUGGCUUCUGGGAUUCAGAAUAUUUUUUUUCUUGUUUUCCUCCUCCAAAAACUAGGUGCAUCUUGUGGUCUGGUGCGUCUUAUAGAGCGAAAAAUACGGUAUUCUGUUUUGUCAUCCACCAAUGCAGAAAUAUGCGUAGCUUAUCUCGGACAUCAACAGUUAUUUACAAAUUAAACACUUUCCCUGUGUGUUCCUUUUCAAAGUUAAUGAAUUUCCAGAGGCGCAGUAGCCCUGUUAGUAUUUUGCAGGAAAACCGACAAAGACUCUUGCGGAAACUUUGAGACAAAGUUAAUGAAGUAGCUAACGGUCAAUUGCAAAGCCAUCUGUGCCUGCGAUCCUAAAUAUGUAUACUAAAAAAUAUGCCCCAUUCAAUUCAGUUGGGCUUUAUCCUGGAUACGUGAGAUUAGGAUUGCAGCCUCACUAUCUUGAUUUUACAGUACAUGAUAAACUUAUUUCUGUCUCAUUUUUGUACACUCUGGUCUCAGGAAAGGAUAGUUUGCCACCCUGCUAUGCUGCCACUUAUGUCCUGGGUUGUAUGGUUUCCUAUGGGCAUAUUCAACAUUUCACAGGAACUCUUAAUCCCUUUUAUACAAGUACUUUUUGUAGUGCAACAUUUUAUUUCUUAAAUCUGUUUUUUAUACAGCAAAUAGCCAUGUGUGUACAUCUGCUGAAAAAGUGCUUUAAAAGUUUUCAGUAAACAAGUUUUACUGUUGGACAGCUUGAUAUCCUCAGGCUUUAAUUAAAGAGCACAGAUAAAGUCAAUGGAUAACAAAAGAUCACUUCUUUCUGUUUGAGAAGAACAAUAAUGAAUAAUGAAUAAUGCGAACAGAAGCAAAUUCUCUUGAUGGUGUGUUGUCUAUGCCUUCUUCUAACAUACCGUAUUUUUUGCACCAUAACACUCACUUUUUUCCUCCUAGAAAGUAAGGGGAAACAUCUGUGCGUGUUAUGGAGGGAAUGCCUAUGGGUGGCAUGCCUACGGAUUUUCCUCCUCUAAAAACUACGUGCGUGUUAUGGUCGGGUGCGUGUUAUAGAGCGAAAAAUACGGUACCUGCUUACUGAGUUCCUUUUGAAACAGUAUGUGAUGCAUUCAUUUCAGUCCUCACAGGUUGAAUGGAAUAUAGUACUAAUAUAUAAAACAAAGUGAAAAAGAUGAGAUGUUAUUAACAAAAUAAAAGUGUUGUACGUUAAACAUAAAUGAAAUUGCAGUGAGAAAACUUUAGAUUACCUCUAUGUAAAAAAAGGGAAAUUAGACCUAACUGAAAUUAACAAAUCCCCAGAAAGCAUAAGGCUACCAUAAGCAAGGCACAAGAGCCAUCCAUCGUUUUCCACUAGUCCUCCUUUGAGGAAGCAUCCAGAAGACAUAAUUAUCAGCUGGUGUAUUUCUGUGUUUUGUAUAUUGUCACCCCAUAUUUAUUCAUAUCUGAUUUGUGGCUUUUGGGAACAAUAAAACACAGUUGCAGAUGUGGAUGGGUGGAUGUGCUUUUGUGGUUUAUAAAUGUGCCUUUACCUAAGAACUCCCUGUGUUCAGGUUCCACCUAUAUUGUAUUCUGAUGAAUGUGGAUGGAAUAUGAGUAAUUAAUAGCAUGUUUAUUGACCCUAGAAUAGGUUCUCUUAAUUGUCUCAGUGUUGGUUUCUAUACUGGCAGAGGUGGGAGGUGCUUUAAUUUUUUUCUUGAAAAGAACCCCCUCACACACAAUUUUUUAUAGUAAAAUAGCACUUCUGCACACAAAAAGAGAAGAAAAAUAUAAUGAGAGGAAGCCAGUAAUUAAAGCCUGUCCCCUUCUUUACUUUAUUGACAGAUCUUGUUUUUUUUCUAGCUGUCACUGCAAGAGAUAAGAUAUACCUGGUUUAUUUUUCUCCAUUUUUUCUUUGUAUUCUCUUUUUUCUUUUAUGUCGCAUGUUAGAAUCUAAAUUUCUGUAUGUCUACAUGUUUUCUUUUUCUGUUUUUAAUUUUAAAAAAUAGAGACUACAGUAGUGCCUGUCUGCUCAGUAGUCAAAAUCCAUGCAAAAGAUUGUUAUUGUUAUUGUAAAUUCAUGUUUUUUACUUAGACUCUGAGGGAAAGAUCGUGGAUUCAAUUCCCAGACAAGGUCAUUUUCCAGGAAGGCAGGUCCAUGCAGCCCAGUAACUCAACAUUAGGAAAUAUUUAAGCAUCUCCUUACAGAUAUAUAAUGGCAUAUUAGAUGGGAUAGGAAAUCCAAUAAAACACAAUAAAUAGUAUAAUGUAGUAUUGGGGCGGGGGAAGGUUUGAAAACUAAAUACAGGCAGAGUAUUUUAUAGAUUUUCAGAAUUAUUAUUAUUAUUUAAUUAGUUUUCCAGUGCCAGGAAAUAUGGUUCCUUUUGCCAAUAUCAGAAGACUCCCCAGAAGUAGUCAACGUGGAGAGGAAACCAUUUGGCUGCUGGUAGAUAUGGUAGCACAUGUGUCUCACAUCACAUUUUACUUAGUCCUCAAUCACUGCAUUUUACAGAGUUCUCACUACUACCUUGUUUGUGAAGAUGCCGUUGCUUCGCAUCUUUCUUGCUGUGCCGAAGUUAAACCAGGAAGCCUUCAGUUACACUUAGUUUCCCAUUAUAUCCAAGCUGGGAGAAUAUCAUCACCAAGUUUGGAACAAGCCAAGUCCCUAAACCAACGUCAAAAUAUGGUUUAAAAUCCUGGCUUUCCCCCCGAACUUGGUUUCUGAUGUGAUGGGAGAUUAUGGCUAAUUGAAGACAUCCUAGCAUAAGUGAAGCGUGCUGAGAAGUGAGGAGGGAAAGGGCUGUGAGCACAAGACUUGUUUAUAUACGUUAAAAAUAUUAUUAAUGCUUAUUGUGGGUACUUUUUUUAAAAGUAGUUUAAUGCUACUUGCAAACAGUCUUGGGAAGAUUUGUAUCCUGAAAGGCGUGCUGUGAAUAGGCUGCUGCUGCUGCAUAUUAUUGUGGUUUAUUGUGAUUUUUUGACGUAUUAAGCCAAUGUAUGAUCAUCCAAGUGCAACUACUGUGCAGGCCAGGCACAGGCAAACUCGGCCCUCCAGAUGUUUUGGGACUACAACUCCCACCAUCCCUGACAACCGGUCCUGUUAGCUAGGGAUGAUGGGAGUUGUAGCCCCAAAACAUGUGGAGGGCCAAGUUUGCCUAUGCCUGGUGUAGGCAGUGAUCUUCCAGAUGUUGAACCAUCAAACCUGACCAUUGGCCGUGCUGCCUGAGGCUGAUGGGCGCCGACCAACAUCUGGAAGGCCAAACACUUCCCAAUAGGCUAGAGAGGGGGGUGUUGUAAUCAAAUAUGGUGUAAAGUGUCUCCCCUAUAUGGAGACUCUAACUUGCUUGGUGCCGUUUUGUUUUUAGUACAAGUGUAUUAGGAAUACAGUGGUGCCCCGCAAGAUGAAUGGCUCGCAAGACGGAAAACCCGCUAGACGAAAGGGUUUUCCGUUUUGGAGGUGCUUCGCAAAACGAAUUUCCUACGUGCUUGCUUCGCAAGACGAAAAUGUCUUGCGAGUUCCUGCGGGGGUUUUUUCCUUUCCCCCCCCUUUUUCCCAAGCCGCUAAACCGCUUAUCAGCUGAUCGGCUAAGCCGCUUAACAGCUGAUCGCUAAGCCGCUUAUCAGCUGAUCGUUAAGCCGCUUAACAGCUGAUCGCUAAGCCGCUUAUCAGCUGAUCCGCUAAGCCUGCUAAGCCGCUAAUACUGUAGCGCUAAUCCGCUAAACCGCUAAUGGGCUUGCUUCGCAAGAUGAAAAAACCCGCAAGACGAAGAGACUUGUGGAACGGAUUCUUUUCGUCUUGCGAGGCACCACUGUAAUAAUAAUACAGCCGUACCUUGGAAGUCGAGCGGAAUCCGUUCCGGAAGUCCAUUCAACUUUUGAAACAUUUGGAGACCAAGGUGUGGCUUCCGAUUGGUUCAUGACUGUGCAGGUGCGCCGGAAACAAUAGCGGAAGCCACGCCAGAUGUUCGGCAUCCCCAAAAACGUUCGAAAACCGGAACAGUCAUUUCUGGUUUUUGAUUGUCAGGAGCCGAGGUACGACUGAUAAUAUCAUCAUCGAUAAACCGCCCUUCAUCAAUAGACCCUGGGCGGCCUACAGCAGAGAUCACAAAAUACGUAAUAUAAAACAUGCGCGAGCUUUCUUUACUAGAGGUUUCCCAUUUUUACAUUUUCCGAUGGCAAUGCACUAUAGAUUGUUUAAUAGUUAAUGCCCCUUAAGAAUUUAAUUUCUUUUAAACCUUUCAGUAACGUUUCUUCUGAGUUGCAUUUGAUAAAUUUUCCAGGCCUCCUGGGCUUGUUCACUAGGAGGGAAAAUUGCCAGUGUUCUCAAGGCCCCUGCAAGGCAGUUCUCUGAGACCAGCUGCAUUAGGCUUCUGCUUCUGCUCCAGCUGAAUCCUCUGCUGUUUUUGUUUUGCUUUGUUUCAAGUGUAUUGUUUUGAAUGUAUUCCUUAUAUUUUCCUCACGUGAGCCACUUUGCAUUGUAAAACUGGAUAUUAAUCUACGUAAAUUAAUUCUUAAUAACAUGUGAUAUUUGUAUCACAAGCUUAUUUAGUAAGUCCUUUUUGGGAUGUUGCCAUUUUGAGAUUUUGCCAAUCAUAAUCUUUUCUUUUUAAAAAUGUUAAAUUUUUAAUUUUUAAUCUUGUGUUGAUUAAUAGGGAGGUUGUAUUUUUUUCCCCUUUUGUAAACCGGGAGGAAUGCUGGAAUUUUUCAUAUGCCAACAGAAAAAAAAACACCCUAUAAAACCAAUCUUCCUAGAUUUCCUUUAGCUUGCAAAUUUUUCAGCAUGUUUUAUUCAUGUGGAAAUGUGAUGUUCUCCCCCCUCCCCUCAAAUAUUUUCAUCUCUUAUUAGAAGUAUACUUUUUUUGAUGAACCAAAGUAUGAAAAACAUUAUCAACAUAUGGAAGCGGUUGAGGCAGAUGAUUAUGGCCAAGCCCAAAAGUUUUACGACUAUGCAGAAAAGAAUGUAUAUGAGAAGCCUAAGAGUCCUCAUGUAAAAACCAAGCCUACUGAGAGCAAGAAAUUAGAACCAUCUCUUAAGUGGAAGAGCAUGCCUGGCUCCCGAGAGUAUGUAAUUCUUUUGACAGAUAUUGCCAAUUAAAAUUAAUGGUUUAAAAGAAAUAAUUAGCACUAUGUGAUUUUAACUCCCCCCCCCAAGUUCAAGUAUUAUUUUAAAAAGAUCUGGGGAACACCCAUAUAUAUAUAUAAGGAGAUUAAGGAAAUAUUUUAGUAUUUUAAGGAAAUACUACCGGUACUCCCCAGUAAUGCAGUAUCUGUGGUCCUUUUCUCAGAAUUUUAUUGUUCUCUUUCCAAACGAUUCAGUACAAUCAGCUUGCAUCUGUGGUCAGUAGUACUGGCACAGGGAGACUUCUCUCACUUGCCCAGCUAGAAGGAAAAUGUUGUACGUAGUAUUAAAUAGUCCUACAUUUUUGUUUUGCUUUUAUUUAAAAAAACAUAUUUUAUUGCAGGAGGUUUACUGUGUGUGGUUUUCAACCCUGCUGUGAUAGUGUGUACACACACACACACACACACACACGCACAAAUGGCCCAGCUACCAAGGCCAAACCAAGUCAUGGUCAGAACAGAACGUCUUAGGCUCAUUGCUGGAUGCUGUUAUUGUCCGUAUCUGCAGGUUCCCCAUAGUUCAGUAGGUUUGUGGACUGCACUCUCUCCUUGAUGUCCAAAUCUUUAUUUAAGUUCUUGCCCCACCCUCACACUGCAUUUGUAUUAAUGGGGGGGGGGGGGAGCUUUAAAGAAUUUUGAGCUUUUAAAAACUAAUUAGUUUUUCUAAUUGGGCAAUGUUUUGUAUUUUUCUUAACAAGUGUAAUACAAGAGCAGAUCAUUGGUUAAAAAAAUUCCAAGAGAAGACAAAACACACACACACACACAUAUAUAAAAUAUUGUUGUGAAAACUGCUGGAAAAAAGAAGAAAAAGUGCAACUGAGUGUUUUCGUGCUAAAUAUCAUGACCAUGGGUCAAUAAAGAAUUAAGUGUGAUCAGGUCCAUUGAAAUCAUUAGGCUCAGUGCACAUUUAAAUGUGCAUUAAAUUGUGGGCAACAUUUUAAAAUUCAGCAGCCGUUCUUGCUAAUUUGUAAAGACAUCCUGAGGCAGGGAGCAUUAUAUCCUUAAAAACAGGUUAUCUUUUGGCCUUUUUGGUGGCAUUAAGCAAUUUAAAUCUAUCUGAUUGAUCAAAUAAUUUUCCCAGAUAUAAAUGUACACACACAUUUAUGGUGUAUUCACAAGAAAGUUGAAUGUCAUAUUAACAAACAAAAAUUAAAUAUUUAGGGGCAAAGCAAGGAAAGAAAGCAAGGAUGAAAAGGAAAUGAAACUGACCCCUCCAGAAGGCAAGAAAAGAAGCGGAGCAACAUCCCCCGGUUCUGGUAAAGGGUAUGUAAUCUCUAUGUAUAAUAAUAAUAAUAAUAAUAAUAAUAAUAAUAAUUUAUUUAUACCCCACCCAUCUGGCUGUGUUUCCCCAGCCACUCUGGGCGGCUCUCAAUUGAAUGUUAUAUGCCUCUUCCUUGAAUGGGAAAAAAACCCCCAGUAAGCUAACUAUGUGAUAUCAGCACCUCAAAUUAGCAAAAAAUCUAAUCAAAUAGUCUAAACCAGACUGUGCUAUCAUCAACUGAGACUCUUCGGUUGUUUCUGAAAUGGAAAGUUCUUUGGUUAUUCCCCCUCCUGUGCAUGACCGAAGAGGGAACUCCCAAGCUGAAAAUAUAAACCUGUUGGUUCUGGCAGGGUUGUCUCAUCCUUGCAUCUGCUACCAUUUUUCCAAUCAUGGUCAGAGAGGAGAUGAUUGCUUGGCUUACUGUACCAGUAACUUGGCUCUGAACAGACAGUUCCUUAGCUCACAUUUCUUAACCAGGGUACAGGGACAGAUUGAUUUUUUAAAAAGCCUUUGCUCUUGGAAUUGAAGUAUCCCUCCCAGGCGAGUUUUUAUUUUUAUUUUUUUGUAAUCUCUUCCCCGUGUCUCUAUUUUAUUUAAUGUUGUGGGACUGAUCUGGUAUCAAAAUCUGAAAAGCAAAUGAAUUCCUCUCUUCCAAGAGUUGUCAUAGUCAGUCACAUUCUUUCUCUGAUUUCAGAGAGUUCAUCAACAUGAAAUAAUAAUAUGGGUCGAAACAAAUAAUUUUGAUGUUAAAUAAAUAAAUAUCCCCUACCCUGUGUGGGACACAACAGUGGAUUGUGUAAACGUAACAUAAUGAAGUUAGUUAUUGAAACUAGCCAACUUGAUUAUAAAACAGCUAUAACAUAAUAUUAGUGGAGCAGAUGGGUUGGGAGGGUGGGGAAGAGUGUACUUAACAUUUUGUUUUCUCAGGAAAGAUUCUGCCCACCUCAGUGUGCUGUUCUAAAUGCACACAAAAAAAGAUACUGUGUCCAUGUAUUUCCCCCCUCUAUGUAAGAGAGAAGCUGCUUGGGUAGGGAAAGUUGACUGGGAAAAAAUGGCAUGCAUAAGGUCUCUGUGUAAACCAUAUUAGAAUGAAGUUGCACACCAGAACUGUCUGAUAGAUUUCAUCUUUCUGUCCAUAAUAUCUAAUGUAAGUGGUUUUAUUUAUUUUUUUGUUUAGUAAGCUUCCAGCAAAGAGUGAAGAUGUUAGUGAAAGUUCCUCAGAGAGUGAAGAGGAAGAUGAACAACCUGAACGCCACCAGGAGAUUAACACUGAUUUGCCAUCGGAAUAUUGGCAAAUUCAAAAAUUAGUGAAAUAUAUAAAGGUAAACAAACUUUAACUUUUAUUUAGAAGGCUGUGAAUAAUAAAAUUAUGUUUGUGUUCUAACUGAAUACGAAACUUCAUUCCAGUUUGUUUCUUUUCUCCCAUGUUGCUAUUCAAAUUGCACCAUUUUUCUCUUUUGGAAGCUUUAACUUAUUUAUUUUUUAGGAGUACCUGCAAUUCCAUUUUUACUCCAAACAAAUGCCUAUGAUCGCAGCAUCAGUUAUGCUCCACUGCUAUGCAUGUUGAAUCUGAGCGGAAUAGCAAGGCUGUUUCAGUCCAGCAGACUGAGGAUUGUGUCCACAGUUUGCUAAUCCAGAGAGAGAGAAAAUGCAUUGACUUCGACAUCAAAAUAUACCAGUGGGAUCAGCAACAAAUUUCUAGUCAGAAUGCCAGCCAGCCAGCCGUGCCGUCUCCCAGGAUACUCAAUUACCCUCUCACCUCCCAGUUUUCUGACCUCUGCCCAGCUGUCUGUUAGCAUUCCAUGGCCACUGAGCAUGCUCAGUGUUUAUUGGGCUGUUUGGGGUUUCCCCCACUAAGUAUUUGGAGUUCUGGAAAACUUGAAUUUCCCCCCAGGUUUGCUGGUAACAUCUCUGUUGUGCACGGAUGGUGCUGUUUUGUCUACAUAAGUAUCUACAUUUGGAGAAGGAGUGAUAAAUAGGACUGUAUGCAGCUUUGUAUAAGAUUCACUCAUAUUGAAGCUCUUUAUCCUCAUGGUUUGUUUUCUUACAUGACAGUUAUACAAACUUGAGAUUCAGGUUUCUGAUUUGCUGCAAUGGGCAAAAAGAAAUACUGUCAUGUGGAGCUGUAUUUAUUUUUGCCUCUGAAAAUGAAAGAAAAUGCAGAAAUACAGGAGCAGACAUGUAAUCUUUGUACAAGCAAGGAUCUAAACAAGAGCAAAACAACAACAGCAUAAAUCUCUUUUCUGUAAAAGUAAACCAGUGACCCACAGUAUCAGUUUUGCAGCUAUAAUGAAAAACAAAACUAUUUAUUGUGCUUUGUUUUAAAAUGGAAGACCCUCAAUUUCUUUUCACUUUCCUAUGUUAUCUAUGACAUACAUAUGAAAACGCCAUGUAAGAAUUUCUAUUAAAUUUAAAGAGCAUGGCAUGUUAUCUCCCAUUUCUUGUCUAGAAGACUAGGAAGAACAGCAGACUUGGUCUAUACAGAUAAAGCAUAUAUAAUUAAUUCCAGAACACUUCUGCUUGACUAUGACAGAAGUAUGAAGAAACAUAAACUAGCAUUAGAUGAAUAUUGCAAAUUUGUGUUCUUAAACUAUCAAGUAAUACACAGGAGUACUAUUAUUGUGCCAUACACACACUUGCUAGUUGCAGGAAACAUGAUACAAGCAUGCCAUGAGGCGUUCAUAGGCUCAUGAUGUGAGGAUGAUGGGAGACCAAGGGUUCUCCAGAGGCCUCUAGGACACCAGCUAGGGGGAUAUCAUUAUGCUUCCACUUGCUUGAAAGGUAGAAAAGUGCCAUCACUCUCCGAGGCUUCUGAGUUGCCUCUUGUCUUCAGUGACAGUUCAUUUUUUCUGCCCUUUCUUGAAGAAGAGCUUUUAAUCACUUGGUUAUUUCUGGCCUUAUUUUACUGUUUUUUUAUGUGAAGUUCCAGGGUUGUUGUUGUGGUGGUGGUGUGUCUUUUACUCUAUAGUUUUCAUUGCCAUUUGUAGUUCAGAAUAUAUUGUUAUGUUAAUUCCAACCCUUCCACCUCAGACUCCAUGUCUGCUUUCUUCCCUUACUUUCCCUGCGGCGUUUAAACACCUGCUCCCUCUGGAAUUAAUUCUUCUUUGCUAAUUGAUUUCAUAAUUGAUUAGUUAUUUCUUCCAGCGAUGCUUACUCUAAUUAACUGCUGUGAUGGGUUACUCUACACUUCUGUUUGAUUUCCCCUCUCGCUAUUGCGUGUGUGUUAAAAAACAACAACCAUGCAUACACCUGUUGGCAGGCAGAUGUAUUAAUUUUUAGCUGAUCUUUCUUCUAAUUUCUCUUUAAUUUGGUGAACUUACCUUGAGCAUGGCCAUUCAUAGGGCUCAUGGCAUGAGGAUGAUGAGAGACAAUGGGAUCUGCAAAACCCUGGCACAGCAGAUGAAUCUUUGCCUGCCUAAAAUGACAUAUUGGGCUCCACUACCCCCUUCCCUGUUUCCUGGCCCCUGCCAUUGCUGACAAAUGGGACACCUGAGCCUUGAACUGAGUGUUGAGAAAUCUCAUAGAAUCAAUGAAUCAUCGAAUUGUAGAGUUGGAAAGGACCUUGAAGAUCAUCUUGUCCAAACCUCUGUAUGCAGCUGUCCCAUACGGGAAUCGAACCCUCACCCUUGGUGUUAUCAGUGGCACGCUCUAACCAACUGAGCUACCCAGGCUGGUCCAAUCUGUUCUUUUAGGCAAGAGGUACAAAAUUAGUUAGUCAUUCCAAUUAGACCUAUCUCUUUGUUCCUCCAGCUCCCCCGCCCGAUCUUCUAACGUACCUUGCAUGUACUACUGUAUUUUUCGCUCCAUAAGAUGCACCUGACCAUAAGACGCACCUAGUUUUUAGAGGAGGAAAGGGGAAAAGCCUCUGUUUUUUGAGGAUCAGCUCAAAGUUGUGUAGCUUCUUUUGCAAAGGGGAAAAGCCCCCUUUUUUGAGGAUCAGCUCAAAGUUGUUGAGCUUACUUUGCAAAGGGAAAAAAUCCUGUUUUCAUGGGGUUCAACUCACAGUUCUGCAGCUUCUUUAGGAAAGGAAAGGGAGCUGUUUCUACAGUUUCCAGACAGAUAAUCUAAUCAGCCAGUCACAUGUUGCUGGGGAAACAAACAGCCUCCGUCUGCAGAACAUUCAACAAUGGAGGCCUGGGCAAGGGGGUGAGGCUGGAAAGGGAGCCAGUGAUCAACCACACAUUCGCUCCAUAAGACGCACAGACAUUUCCCCUUACUUUUUAGGAGGGAAAAAAGUGUGUCUUAUGGAGCGAAAAAUACGGUACUUUUCAUGUAUAGUUUGGCACAGGCUGUGUUUCAUAGGCAACACUAUCAAUUCCAUAAAUAAUAGAACAUUUGUAUUUAAUGUCUUCAUUACUAAAGGCUGGGGGAAGACAAUAGUCAAUAGUCGAGCCAAUUCACGAUAUACAUAUAAAUAAAGACUAUAAACAGUUCCAAAUCAAUUUUCAGUUACGAAAAAAAGACUUCAAACCUUGUGACAAAUUAAUGUUCUGCAGAUGACAGAGGGGAAAAUAGCUGCUAAAAGACCAUUGUAGAUUGCAAAAGAGAAGGGUGAAUGAUAAACAGUGACUCGCAGGCUCCCUACAUGAAAGGGAAGUGUGGUGACAGUCCUGUUGCGUUGUCCUUUGCUGUGCUUCUAAUUAGGCCAUAUAUCCAUCAUAGUAGCUUUCCAAAAUAAAUGUUUAUUUGCCUCUUGUUAUCUGCUUGGAUUUAGAUGCUCAUAAUCAUAGAGUGGAAAGUUGAAUUGCUUAAGAUUGGCUUAGGGAAAAAAUCGAGAGACUGCUUUUCUCUAGACCCUUCCAUAAAUGUCAAAAGUUAUACAAGCCUUUUAAUUUGUUUCAUUCUUUUUUGCUGGAUGGAUUGUUUUAAGCACUGUAUGAUGUUGCUGGAUCAAAUUAGCUGCACAGAUAGCAGCUGGAAAAUGAGUUAUGAACUAGUUAUACUCAAUUUUUUUCUCUUCACGAUCCAUUAAGUGUAGAUGGUAAUGUAAUUGCUCAUGCAAAUAGCACUCGAAAGGAAAGAAGGGAACUCUCCAAGAAGAAGAAAAGGCCGAAAGGGGAGGAAGGAAAGAAAAGAUAAUGCUGGCUCUUCAAAACUCUGUUGGUUGAUAAAGGAAAAUUUAUGACUGUAGUAGUCACAAAAGUUAAAGAUUGAAGCAUAUAGAGUCAACCUUUUGUCAGGAAAAAAACCCAGAUAAUUAAAUAAUGUAAUCAAUUGAAUGCCUAAAGAAGGGCAUUCAUAAAUGUACAGGUUCAAAAUUACUUUGCUUUUUAAGUACUGUGUUGUAUAUUUUCUCAGUUCUACUCUUCCACAUUACUAUAUUCUAGCAGAGUUUGGAAACAAGCAUUCACUGCAGUUUAAGUGAUUGAGGACCACCACUGGAAUCCUGUAGGACACAGUGUAAUUCAUGUUAUGUACAUAAGGCAGCAGUGUGUCACCACUCCUGCCGAUGCCUGUUUCUGCUAUGAUAAAGAAAAAGAGCCAUGGUGCUUAGCGCCAUAAGAGCUUCUUGCCGAGGGACACCUGCAGUUGUUUUACCUGAUCUAAUGUCUCAUGUGAUAGACCACUUGUGUUUGACUUGGAAACCCAAAAUAUUCUGCCACCUGGAUUGUAUCACAAAUUAUAUUGGCCUGAAAUGAUGGACAAUGAAAGCAUUGUUCCCCUUGUAGUUAAAUACUCUGUACAUAUGGUUUGUGCUACAGUUGUGCCACAAUUGGCAUCCAUUCCUUGCACCACCUCUUAAAACCACAAGGGCUUUUAAGCAGAGCAGCUAAAUAGAAAUCUCAUUUCGAGAGGCUAUAUGGAUAUGCUACUGAAUUCCUGGUUCUGGGGGGGAAAUGGGGAGGACUUAUUAGGGGCUUCCAGGAAUUACCUGGUCAGCCAUUAUGUGAAACAUGAUGUUGGAUUAGACUGAUUUUUGGACCAAUCCAACAAGGCUCAAGGUACUCAGAUGUUCUACCUUCAGAGGCUGAAAUGGGUGUCCAUCUGGCAACUGAAAAUUCAGGGUUUUUUGCAGGGUGGGACGUUACGGGUGGAAUUGUCCUUAAAUUGUUUUCUUUUCUUAUUCUUUAUAUCGCUUUUUAAAAAACAAAACAAAAUUCUUUAAACUGAUCAAAACUAGGUAAUAUUCCAGAUGCUAGCAUAUGGCAUGCAGGCCCAUGUAUGUUUGAAUCAGAUGCCACAGCCUGAGAGAUGUAAUUUUUCAGAGUUGCCCCGAGAUCUCAGUAGUCCUCUUCAGUGAGUUUAAGACGUAUGCUUGCUGAACCAGUGAAUUGUUUAUUCCCUGAAAGCAUUGUUUCCCUUGUAGUUAAAUACUCUGUUCAUAUGGUUUAGUUUUCCCUUGGAAAAUCCAUUGGCUCCAUUGCAACUAAAUUGCCCAACUUUUUAUUCAGGCUCAGCUGCUUGUUGUUUCCUUGACAGCCUGAAGAAGCAAUGGUUCUUCCCAGAUUAGUCUUGUUAAAUUUCUUUCGCAGACACUGUUGCAGGCCCAGCCAUGACCCCACACCCACUUGUGGCAGCUGCAACUCUUGCCAGAUGCUGAGAGCAGUUCGUCCUCAGCUUCCUCUCCCCUAUUAUCAGCCCCACUUUGAGAACUGUGCAGUGCUUUCUCUGGCAUUUGACAUCAGACAGAAGCACCAGUUUCUGAAGUGAUGUCCUUGCCAUGUGCCCUCUGAUUGGUCUAUGGGAGCAUCGUAGAAGCUUGGUGAUGAAACAGGAGUGAAAGUUGAUCAGCAUCUGUUGCUUUAUCUCUGAGUAAUUUGCAUUAGGCCAGCAGAAUUUUCACCUCCCAUUGAUUUAAGGAUAGUGACAACAACAACCACCACAAUUUCUUUCUCUCCUAAAUUAGGCUGCAGAUAUCAACAAAGUUUGGGUUCCCAAGCUUAGUGUGUGCUCAGAGUUCCUUGUUGCACCUUUCUGAGCCACUAUUUUGUACCUGGCUCCACUUGGUGGACCUCAGGGUUUAAGUGAAAAACGGAGUAGACUUGCACAAACCUUAAGAGUCCCUACCUUUCGUUUAAAAGGCUUUUGUGCACUGCAGCACCAGCAGUGACACCCAAUGCCCAUGUGAGCUGGCAAAAAAAAAAAAAGCAUACAAAAAAAGUACACUCUCAUAACCUGCAAGUGUCCCAGAAAAACUGGGACAUCUCAUUUCCUCCCCAUGAGAGCAUGGUUGCCAUUUUGGUCACUGUGAUCUUGUGCAAUUUUGCACCGAGAUCUUGCCCUAAAAAGCAUACGUUUUUGUGUGCCAUUGGACCAUGGUCCGGGGACGCAGAUGGCGCUGUGGGUUAAACCACAGAGCCUAGGACUUGCCGAUCAGAAGGUUGGUGGUUCGAGUCCCCGCAACGGGGUGAGCUCCUGUUGCUCAGUCCCUGCUCCUGCCAACCUAGCAGUUCAAAAGCACGUCAAGUGCAAGUAGAUAAAUAGGUACCGCUCCAGCAGGAAGGUAAACGGCGUUUCCGUGCGCUGCUCUGGUUCGCCAGAAGAGGCUUAGUCAUGCUGGCCACAUGACCCGGAAGCUGUACGCCGGCUCCCUCGGCCAAUAAAGCAAGAUGAGCGCCGCAACCCCAGAGUCAGUCACGACUGGACCUAUUGGUCUGAGGUCCCUUUACCUUAGACCAUGGCCCUGAAAAAAGUGGCUCUGUGAUCUCGUGCGGGUCACAGGAGCACGGACAGGAGAUGUGCAUCCUGGUUUUGGGACUCAACGUGUUGGAGGGUAUGCACUCUUCUAUAGACUUUCAAAAAGUGCACUUAACAAUAUUGCUGUAAAACACUGAGCCAGUCUGGGCACCCACCCCUUUUCCCAAUGCCCUGAUUCUCAUUGCUGAAACAAAAGGGAAAGCAUAUCGUUUAAUUUUUCUCCAAAUUUGUUUCCUAUACAUGUUGACUGCAUAAACCAGCUUAUGGAGAGGUUUUAGAUGCACGUGUGCAAGCCCCGGUGGUGGUGGUUCAUCUCCUGCUGUGUUUCUGCGAGUUGAGGUUGGAGAAGGGGUUCAGUGAUGCCUUGUACCUCCUGCUCCUUCUCUAUUCCCAGUUUCCACCCACAGAAGGGACUUUUUAAUCACUUAGGUGCCAUCAGGCUGCAGUUAAAAUAUGCAGUGUGCAAUUUAGGCCUCAGAAAGAUGAACUUAAGAUAUCAGUGUUGCUAUUUCUUACAGGUGCGAAAUCCAGUAUGUGUUUGCUAGUCGCUGGUGCUUAUCGUAUUUUUCGCUCUAUAAGACACACUUUUUCCCCUCCAAAAAUUAAGGGGAAAUGUGUGUGCGUCUUAUGGAGUGAAUGCAGGCUCCAUGGCUUCAGCAAUAGCAAUGCGAAGCCUCUGAAGCGCAGUGGGAGCGCUCCGGUAGGCUUUAGGGAUAGCUACGCUGCGCUCCAGAGGCUUCGUGUUGCUUUCGCUGAAGCUUGGAGAGUGAGAGGGGUCGGUGUGCACCGAUCCCUCUUGCUCUCCUGGCUUUGCUUCGCUGGAGAGGCGCUACGCAGCUUUCCCUCUCUGCGCAGCACCUCUUCAGUGAAGCGGGAGGAGAAAUGGAAGGGGCUCCGUUUCUCCUGCCGCUUUGCUGAAGGGGUGCUGCACAGAGAGGGAGAGAAUUUUUUUUUCUUGUUCUCCCCCUCUAAAACAAGGUGUGUCCUAUGGUCAGGUGCGUCCUAUAGAGCGAAAAAUACGGUACAUCACAUAAUGGUCAAGUUCCUCACCAUAUCAGAACAAAAUGAACGAUGAAGUGUCCUAAUUUACUGCUGUUUGCGGAGCGUUUAGGAGGAACUCGCCACACUCUAGAGCAGCCUUCCAGACAUUUUGGACUACGCAUCGCACGUUGAUUGGGAGUGAUGAGAGUUGUAGUGCAAAAUGUCUGGAAGGCCGCAGUUUGGGUGAGACUGCUCUACAGUCUUCACUGGGAACCAGUGAUAUGAAUGACAGGCCCAGUGCCUCUGCCAGUCUGCUUCAUCUUUCUGCCCUUCUCCUUUUGCCAAGUGCAAAUCUUGGCUACCAGCAGCGAGAGACAAGCCACAUUAUGUUUAGUCUCCCUCAGUGUACGUUUUGUACACUUUGCAAGAUGAAGAGGUCAGGGAGUCAUGUAGCUGAGAGGUAUAAGCAAUGGCCCAGUACCACCCUUUGAUUCCAAUAUGGAAAGAAUGGUUCUUUCUGUGUCUUGUGAUUAUUAUUUUUUAUUCUGUUUUGUUAGCAGAAAACCUGGUAAUAGUUUUAAUCUGAAUUUCACUGCAUGCACUCCCUUGUUAUUGAGACAUACCAGGCCUGACGGUGUCAGUCCUUAAUUAGCUCUUAAACAAUAGUCAUUUUCCACACGCUACAGACAUGUAAUGUGAACAUUAUGGAAUCUGUGAUUUUUAUCAUGGUUAUGAUUUUCCACUGGCCCUGGUUAUUUUAAUCUGUAUGUUUUAUUCACUGCCAGGCUAUAGCCCAAGAACUCCAGAGGAUUCAGGAAAUGGGGCAAGGAAUUAUUCCAUAACUCAGUUAUACUUGUCCAUAACUCAUCUCUAACAAGUUGCAGCUUGACCUGUGUUCUGUAAAAUAGAAUGAAAAGUUGGAGCAGAAAAAUGAACAUUUAGAAACACGCUUGUGUUUUUCUUUGAAACUAAAAACAAAAACCCUGUGCUAAGAUGGUACUGGGAUACUUACACCUUCAUUCCAACAAGCAGUGCAACCACAUAAUACCUUAGGUUUUCAUUUUGUAUUGUUUCUCUCUCUCUCUCAUAUAUAUAUAUAUAAGCUUUUUUAGUUCUUUUUAUGGUAUGUUUGUAAAUCACCUUCAGCCAAUAAUAGGAUAUUUCUAAAUAAAUAGUAGUAUUAGUAAUACACCUGCUUAAGUAAAAGUUGUGCAUAAACUAAAUAACUUCAAAUUAAAAAGCUGAACUUUGAAUCACAGUUUCAUUUAAUUAGCAAUAUACUUUGCUGUGAUGCAGUAAGCUUAGCCCUCAUGGAACCUGAGAUGUAAUCAGAGCAUAGCCUUUUAAGAGUCAAACUUCCCAGCUCCUUCGUUAGUUAAUUAAGAUAAUGGCUGCUAAAUCUAUACUGCUCGAUUCACCUCUCCCCCCCAACCCCCCCAAGAACCCAACAAUACUGCUCUAGAUCACUCACAUUUAAAGUCUUGUAAGCCUAGCUUUUAAAAUUGUGCUUACAAACUUUAACACAUGUUUUAAAGCAAGUUCAAUAACAACGGUGCUUUGGAGGAUAUAAUAUUAAUGGGUGCAUAUAGAGGAACAUCUUUUUUUCUCUCUUGCAUUUUCAAAAGGUGGCAAGUAUAGUCAAGCAGAUACGACAGCAGUUUAUAAUAUAUUCCCGUAUCCAUCCAUGUGUGCCGGAGUCCUUUUUAUAAUCUCUCUGUCAAAAGGUCUCCUUUGGUUGACAACAGAGCUCCUUUUGUCCCACGGAGCAGUCGAAAUAGGAAUAUAUGCAGGGAAAUGAGACAUUUGCUUCUCUUUUGGAUGUGAUCUGUGUAGAAGAGAAUGCUCAGAAUCGAAUUCUACAAGAGCCAUAUGGACUCCAAGGAGCCUGUGGAGUUUGUGAACCAGACCCAUUGUGCUAACCAAGUGAGAAAUUUCUAUAAGGAGUAACAGAGACAUCUUUUCCAUUAUUUCCCCUUACUUUGGCUUACUCACAAGAAAAGUCAUUAGGCAGACAAAGUUUCAUAUUUGUAAUUGUUUUGUAUUAACUAAUGUAUGUGGUUUGGUAUUCACCUCUCUACAUUUUUUUGCAUUGUGUAAUACUGUAAUUGUUAUUGUUCCUUUAAACCCACUGAGUUAAAUGGGCUAUUUCUUAUAUUUUCAGAAAGAUGGCUUUCUUUAUUUGCAGCUGUCAUUUGCCUUGAUGCUGAAAUUCAGCUGCCGCCCAGAGAUUGGUUAGAAAACGUUUUCUCUGUGAGCAUGGUACACAUUCUUUUUAGAAUUCACAUUAUAUUUUCAUUUAAAUUUGUGGAUAUUUAUGCUGAACCAUCCUAUAAGAAGGGCUAGACUUUCUGAAAUGAAAUCUGCCUUUAAUUUAAAGCUUUAAAAGUGAUUGUUACAAUGCCAGUAGAAUUUAUUUUGCAUCCAACAUACUGUAUCCGAUUUCAAUGGCUGUAACAACAUGAUGCAGCUUUUGUGUACACUUAAUAGAAAACUAACCAUUUCCAUGUUUGUUAAGACUUGCCCUUGAAAGCGUUCUGUAAGAACUACUAGACAGAAAAAAAUAAUUGUUGUGGCAACCAGUAGUAAUGGUUAUGCUAUAGAAAUAAUGUGUCAGAGCAUAUGAAAAAUAUUUUAUUGUGGUUUUGCUUUAAAAAAAUCUAUAUUAAACUGUGUAAGCAAUCCUGAAAAGCAGAGGGGGGAAAAGAUAUUUUUUACUUGAGAUUUAUUGUGAGUGAAUAAAUACUUGCUUUAGCAUUUUUGCAAAGAAUGGAGUGACAGAUCUGCCACCCAAUCAAAUGCCAGGGGGGAGGUUUUUUGCUGCAACAGCUCCAGGCUACUUCUCCUGAGAGCUUCUAGAAUCAAAUCUUUCUUGGGAUUGUUGGGGCUCCAAAGUGCCCAAUGUCACACUGAAACACCUCAUUUCAGGGCUUUCUUUUGUCGGUACUCUCCACUAGCAGAGGCCAGCUUAGAGAUGUCUGCAUUAUUUUACCUGCCACUCCACCGUCAAGAUGGGGUGGGAUUAGAAUUGCAUCCUUAUUGAAUCAUCGCCACUCAUCAUAACUUUUAAUUUGUAUACAGUGGUACCUCGGGUCAAGUACUUAAUUCGUUCUGGAGGUCUGUUCUUAACCUGAAACUGUUCUUAACCUGAAGCACCACUUUAGCUAAUGGGGCCUCCCGCUGCUGCCGCACUGCCAGAGCACGAUUUCAGUUCUCAUCCUGAAGCAAAGUUCUUAACCCGAGGUAGUAUUUCUGGGUUAGCGGAGUCUGUAACCUGAAGCGUAUGUAACCUGAGGUACCACUGUACUGUCUUUCUAUCUUACAAUACCCAAGGCGGUUUACAAGCUGAAGAAACAAAGAAUGUACACCUUAUAACAAUCUAAUGCAAUGCAAAAAUGUGAUAAUAAAGCAUAACUUUAAAAUAAGCAACGUACAUGAAAUAAAGUAACAUUCAACAAUCAUUAGAGUAGUACAGAAUAAUAUUAAAUAUCAGCAUGUAAAAAAUUAAACAGAAAUCCACUCUUAACAAUUACAAUAAUUUUUAAACUACAAUCAGUAAAACAACGGCAAGCCACAGUGCAUAAAAUAAUACAAUACAAAUUGAGAAGCAGAGGCAGGUGGAAAAAGGCUCUUGAAUGUCAUUGUUGUAUGUCAGCCACGAUAUAAUAGAUAAAUAUAUACCCAGUGCUAGGAAGAGUAUAGUUCAGAUUUAGAUAUACCUUUGAUUGAACAGACUUGGAAAUAUUUAUACUUCACUGGUGCUGUCCAAAUAAAGGAAUAAAGAAAUAAAAUGACAAUCUUUUUGGUGCCAGUCUCGCAGAACUUUUAAUUUCAAAUGUUCUAAUGCUUUUAGAUUGGACAAAUUGGUUUCUUCUUACUGGUUUUAGGCUGGUCUUCGUUUAAUUUUAUGCUGAUUUGUUUUUAUGGUAGUUUUUGGUAAAAUGUUUUGUUGGGUUUUGAUCUUUAUGUUGCUUUCAUGGGGAUUGUUAUAUGGUUUUGUAGGAUAGUGUAUGUAUGAUAUUGACUUUUGUAAACCACCCAGAGGGCUUUCUUCAGUGGGCGCUGUAGUAAUAAAAUAAAUAAUAAAAAGUAAUCAGAAAUGAAUAAACAAAUAGACUCUAACAAAAAGGAUACAAUAUGGCUAUUGUCCUGUUUCAUUUUGUUUGUGUUUAUUACUCUGUCCUCUUUCUAGUUAUGCAUUUUCUGUGUCAGAAUAUUUCUUAGAAUCAUAGAGUUGGAAGGGACCCCAUGGGUCAUCUAGUCCAGGCAUAGGCAAACUUGGCCCUCCAGAUGUUUUGGGACUACAACUCCCAUCACCCCUGACCACUUGUCCUGUUAGCUAGGGAUUAUGGGAGUUGUAGUCCCAAAAUAACUGGAGGGCCGAGUUUGCCUAUGCCUGAUCUAGUCCAACCAGUGUUAUAAACUGAGAUAUGAAAACUAGGAGCUAAAUAGCACCUUAAACCUAGGUUGUUGGCGCAACAACGGAAUGUCUAGGUGUGCUUUUUUAUAACAAGAAUACAAAGCUGAAAAUGAAUGAACUUCAGCUAAAAUAUUAUGUUCAUUUUUCACAUGGUCUAGUAGUCCUUCCCCUGCCCACCCCCCUAAUAUUCUUAAGAGGGUUUCUUAACCAGUCUUAAGAGAGUAGCUGGAAGUGGGGAGGCAGAAAAAGGUCCUCCUUUCCUUCCAUUCUGCAGUUUUAAUCUGAAAUCUUAAGUGCACUACUGCACCCAGAGCUCAGAAACAGCUCGCACUAAUGAAAUUCCCUGUUGCAAAAUGCACCUAGAACAAUGGGAGUUUUGAACAGUGAGUCCAACCCCCUGCAGUCAGGAAUCUCAACUAUAGCAUCCGUUACAGAUGGCCAUCGAACCUCUGCUUAAAAACCUCCAAGGAAGGAGAGUCCACCACCUUCCGAAGGAGUUCAUUCCACCGUCGAACAGCUCUAGCCAUCAAAAAGUUCUUUCUCAUGUUUAGUCGAAAUCUCCUUUCUUGUAACUUGAAUCCAUUGGUUUGAGUCCUACUCUACAAGCUUGCACCAUCUUCCAUGUGACGGCCCUUGAGAUAGAUGAAGAUGGCUAUCAUAUUGUCUCUCAAUCUCCUCUUUUCCAGGCUAAACAUAUCCAACUCCCUCAACUGUAUAGUACAAAGUUGUAUUUAAUUGUACAUUUUAAAUUUCUCUGUUUUGUAGGCUGGCAACCAGACAGCUACUGUAAUUGCAUUGUGUUCAAUGAGAGAUUUCAACUUGUCUCAAGAAACUUGUCAGUUGGCAAUCAGAGAUGUUGGCGGCCUUGAAGUGCUGAUUAAUUUGCUUGAUACCGAAGAAAUCAAAUGUAAGGUGAGUUCAAUUGUCAGAUUGAAUUGUGCUUUAUAUGGAUUCUAGAAGCUGUUGUCCAGCAAUUGUAUAUUUACUUCCAGGACAGAUACUUCCCAAUUAGCACUGGGUCUCUUACUCCUUAAUGCAACUACAGCUUAGUAUUUUCCGUAAUAUAACACGAAAAUAAAACGACUCUGAACUUCAGAGCCGUUCUCAUCUCCCUCAAAAUUCUUUCUAGCAUUUAUGAAGUUGCUCUCCUUUCAGAAUGAAAAGUAAGAAACUGGGAUGUUAACCACAGUUAACCAUAGCUUAGCUCAGCUGAAACUCAAAAAAAGAUGGUGGAAUGGUAGAUUUCUGUUGUGUAGACAUCUUCCUUUCAGCAACACAAGACCUCUAAGGCACUUGUUUUAGUGAGUGUUCAUUCUGGUUUUGUUUGCAGGAAGGUUAGAUGACGUUGUGUCAAAGGAAGUGUUAUCCCAUACUUUCUAGUGCCUUUUUCCUGCUACUUUCCUUAUCACGAGUCAGGAGGCAGUUGCUGCUUAGCCCUGCUUUCCCCAUCCAUUCUGGGGACAAUCUCAUAAGAAAGCAGCCUCACUAUCCCACAUGAUUUUACCUUCUUUGCAUUCAGCUGUCUACCCGUACAGUAUUUUAGCGUAUGUUACUUGAAUAAUCAAACUCUAUAUCCACGUUAAACAAUCUUGUGUAAUUUCUUCUCUGAUUAGAUUGGCUCAUUAAAAAUCCUGAAGGAAAUUAGCCAAAAUCCACAAAUCAGACGUACAAUUGCUGAUCUUGGAGGAUUACAGAUCAUGGUUAAGAUACUUGAUUCUCUAGACCAAGAUCUGAAAUGUUUGGCAGCUGAAACCAUAGCUAAUGUGGCCAGAUUCAAGAGGGCCCGAAGAACAGUCCGGCAGCAUGGUGGAAUCAAGAGACUAGUAAGUAGACCUGAUGAACAACAAUAAAUCUUGGCAUCACAGUUUUGAUCUUCACUUUAUCUUCUUUUGUUAUUUUGAUAGCAGGUAGGCAUUUCUGCAACAUCAUCUUUGCUUCAGUUGCUCCAACCCAGAAAUCAAUGUUGUGGUAGCUUCUAUUCCUUUGCACAUGCCAAUCCUUUCAUUGGAAAGUUUAUAGUAUAACUUAUAACCUGCCUUAUUUCAAGAAAAAAAAUACUCAAGGCAGUGUCUUCAGUAAACACUCUGAAACAACACACUAAAAUUAUAAUCCCAGCAUGAUUUUAAAGUUCUAAAAUAAAAAAACCAAUUUAAACUAACAGGAAAGGAUGGUCAGAAUUCAUAUACGUAAGUUCAAAUGUACCAAUGAAUGUCAAAUGCCUUACAAGCUAAAGUUAUCAUUAUUUGCGCCACAAAGCUAAGAUAUGGGCAAAGUUUCUUAGGGAAGGAAUUCCAGAGGCUUGAACUAAGCAUUUUAAAGGCCAUGCUGGCCACAGGGAGUCACGAAACACACCUCUCAGAAGAUGCAUGUAAAAAAGCCUUUGCCACAGAAUCUCAGUAGGCAUUCAUGGUAGUGGAAGUAUGGCAGCCUUCAGAUGCUUUGAUGUUUUAGACAACUUCUUGAAUUGGGCCCGAAGCUAAUGUCAGUGUGAGAACAGGUGUAAUCUCUUUCUUUCACUCACCUUCAGUACAUCAGUUACAGGCAGAUACGUCUUAUGCACAAUGCUGCUGUUCUCUGGUAUGGGCAGACUACAGUAGCCUUUAUUGCUGACAUUCACUAAAGACAAUAAGCGAUCUGUCUUUUUCUAUCAGGUUGGGCUAUUGGACUGCUCAUCAAUGGGAUCGUCAAGUCUCACUCCACUCCAGGGGAAAGAGAUUGAAGUGGCACGAUGUGGAGCUUUGGCACUCUGGAGCUGUAGCAAAAGUUCCAGGAAUAAAGAAGCAAUACGUAAAGCCGGAGGCAUCCCCCUGCUGGCUCAGUUACUGAAGUCCCCCCAUUCAAAUAUGUUAAUACCUGUAGUAGGAACUUUGCAAGAGUGUGCAUCUGAGGUAAGCAUCUGAGCUUUUCUGCAGGUGGAAAUUGAGCAGAAUCUGAGAUCCAGCAAAAAGUAUACAAAUGCUUUAAAACUGUGGGGUUUUUUAAAGCACUACGAAUGAUAUUUAACAAAUAUCCCACAAAAUAUUGAAUGCAUUCAGUUAAUAAAAUAGCUCUUAUCUCAGGUUCAUUCAGUUAUUUUUUUUAAACAUCUUAAUGAAUAAAAAUGUUACUCCAUCUAUGGCUACAGAGCCAGUGUGGUGUAGUGGUUAAGAGCGGUAGAUUUGUAAUCUGGUGAACAGGGUUCGCUUCCCUGCUCCUCCACAUGCAGCUGCUGGGUGACCUUGGGCUAGUCACGCUUCUCUGAAGUCUCUCAGCCCCACUCACCUCACAGAGUGCUUGUUGUGGGGAAGGAAGGGAAAGGAGAAUGUUAGCCGCUUUGAGACUCCUUCGGGUAGUGAUAAAGCGGGAUAUCAAAUCCAAACUCUUCUUCUUCUUCUUCUUCUACAAUUAAACAUUACACAAUACAAAAUGAAAAUAGCAUAUUCUGCCAAUAGUCAAAGGGACACCUUAGCUUAUACAGUGGUACCUCGGGUUACAUACGCUUCAGGUUACAUACGCUUCAGGUUACAGACUCCACUAAUCCAGAAAUAGUACCUCAGGUUAAGAACUUUGCUUCAGGAUGAGAACAGAAAUUGUGUUCUGGCGCCGCGGCAGUGGCGGGAGGCCGCAUUAGCUAAAGUGGUGCUUCAGGUUAAGAGCAGACCACCAGAACGAACCCAAGGUACCACUGUAUCCUAUACUGAGUUGGACAUUUGGUCCACCUAGCUCAGUAGUAUCUACAUUAAUGACAGCACCUUUCUGGGAUUUCAGACAAGACUCUUCUAGCUUUACCUAGAGACUGAGCAUUGGACCUUUGGCAUGUAAAACAUGUGCUCCAACACUGACCUAUGGCAAAAGCUCAAAUUACAAUGAAAAAAACCCUUAUACGCUUUUGAGUAUGCCUGCAUUUUUUAUAUUUAGCAACAGGCUGUAUAACCAUGCAAAAGUCCCCUGUUACCUGUUGCUAGAUCAAGCACUCUAAACACACCAGUUUCUAGAUUCAUCUUCCCUUCUAAGAAGCACCAUUCCAGUGCUGAACAGGUAGAUUGAUGUUACUUGCUUGCAGUGACAGAAUAAUUCAUCUGCAACAAAAGUUACGUACUUUUCUUACUGGUUUAAAUGGGAGUGCUAAACAACAUACUGAAAUGUAUCCCAUUGACCGUAAUAAAAUGACUUGACUUGAGUGAGACUUAAAAGUACUUAAUCUUGGAAGCAUGUCCAAGGUAUGAAAUACUGUACUGAAGUAGUUUCUUAUAGUUUUUAUCUUAAUUAUUUGUUUCCUUCUACAACAAAUGUUAAGAUCAGACAAGGAGAAAACAGUGUUUAACAUUUUUAUCUAGAGAAGCAUAACCUAGAAUUAUAAUACCACAGGACAAAUUAUCUUCUGUUUAUGAAGCUUAGGAUCUUUGCUACAGAACUAUGUGGUGGAUUGUUCUAAUUGGAGUCUCAGGACCACUUAGUAUCUUGGUAUAUUUAUGCCCAUGGUGUGUGCUGCCAUACUUGAAACAACAAUUUUAUUGUAAACAAGCUAGAGAGCGUUCCCUGUAAAGGUUCAGCAUAAAUACGAUUUGGGUCAGCAAGGUUCUGCUAUCGUGUUUUGCAUUUUGAAUAAUAGCAAUUUAUCUGUUAAUACAUCUCUUAACUUAAUACAUAAAACUUGCCUUUGUAGCCAAGCUACAGACUCGCAAUUAAAAAUGAGAAGAUGAUAGAGAAUCUUGUGAAAAAUCUGAACAGUGACAAUGAAGAGCUUCAAAUGCAUUGUGCCAGUGCUAUUUUUAAGGUAAGGGAUGCUUCCAGGCCAGUUGAGGUUUCCUGCAUAGUAUGUCAUCUAGUAAUAUUGCACAGGUUGGGCAAUAUUGGAAAGCGAGUUGUAUCCUCCUACCCUACCAAGAGGACUGAAAAACUCCAUAGUUAAGAUGAGUUUAUAAGCAUGAUAGUGGUGAAGUAGGCAGACGAGUACUUCAACUAGAGCAAAAAGUUCCAUAAGGAAUAGUAAGCAACCCAGUUCGCGACAUGUCCAUGCCUUGCUUUGUAAGAUGCUGCCAACUGUAUUGGAUGCCCUAGUCAAAAUGGCUACAAAGCAUAUAAAAUAAGUAGAGCCUUGCAAUUUCAACGGUACAGCUAGGAAGGUUACAAAGUCAUCCAAACCCCCUUUGUGCCGGGCUGGGGCAGGGUUGGCUGGUGUGGAGCUUCCCUUUCUGUCUGCCUGAAGUGCAGGCUGGCGGAGGUACCCAAACAUGUCAAACAUGCCGGCAGAAGUGCUGAAAUGGGAUUUUUUGGGAAGGAGAGAGGGGCAGGACUGAGCUGUUGGUUGCUGUGGUAGCCCUGCUGCUGUCACAUGAUGCCAUCGGGUUCUAUUCAGCCCCAGCUGCUGCACCAGUUCCAGAUGGGCACAACAACCAGCCAGCCUCCCAUCCUGUCCUCUGCGUGCAGCAGGACUGGGACUGCUGUAGUGGUUCCACUGCUAUGUAAAAACCCUCUGGGGCAGCCUUUCUCAACCUGUGGGUCCCCAGAUGUUGUUGAACUACAACUCCCAUCACCCCUAGCUAGCAAGGCCAGAGCUCAGGGAUGAUGGGAGUUGUAGUCCAACAACAUCUGGGAACCCACAGGUGGAGAACCGUUGCUCUCUAGGGUGGGUGGGUGUUGUUCCCUAAUCUGGGACCCUGACGUUUAAUGUGUUCAAAAUGAUUGAAGAUCCUGAAAUCCUGCUCCAUAAAGUGUCUGCUUCGAAGGGGAUUCCUCAUUGACUUUGUUAUUGGAGACAGAUCCAUCAUGGAUGCAGGAGCAACCUUUAAUAAUGAAGUUAGUGGAGAAGUCUUCUGGCACAGGAGCAGCAUAUUCACACUGGAUUGCAAAUGAAGCUUUGACUGGAAAAGGCUUUUGCGGUGCUUGUGAAGCUGUUGAUUACAUACUAGAGACAAGGCUAAAUGGGCCCAAGUUCCAUUUAACUUAUUAUGACUUGAGCACGCCUCAUUGUUCUGGAUUGUUCUCAUUACUUUCACUGUGGAAGCCUGUUUUAUAGGCCUCAGCUAUGUAUGCUCGUACUUUUUCUGGCUUUCCCCCCUUUUACAUAGUGUGCUGAAGACCAGGAAACACGUGAGCUCGUUAGGCAGCAUGGAGGCCUCAAACCUCUUGCUACAUUGCUUGGUAAUUCUGGAAACAAAGAACUUCUGGCAGCAGUGACCGGAGCAAUCUGGAAAUGUGCAAUCAGCAAAGAAAACGUGACAAAGUAUGGAUAACAUUUUCACAUUGUCAGCUAUAUAUAUUUAGCAUCUUUUCAUGUAGAGACAAAGCAAACAUCCAAGGAAGAGAGAUUUAACAGCUCUAUGCAUGAUUAAAAGUCACCUUUUAGAUGUUGCAAAUGUGCAUUUGUGUUCAGAGGUGGACCCUACUGUCUUGCGCCCUUGGCAAAAGGCUGUAUUGGCACCCCCCCAAAAAAAAACCCUUGCACCCUUGGCAAGGUGUAGCAGCACCUCCAAAGCUGGGAGAGACCAUAGACAAGAAACUCAAAAAUAUUGCUUUUAGUUGCCUUUCAUGCUCUGCCAGUGACUUCCUCUGCUCUGCUCCACCUGCUCCACCUCCGCUUUCAUUGGUCUGCCUGCCUGCCUUUCUGCUUGCUUCUUUUCCUUCUGUCUCCUUCCUCCAUCCCUUCCUUCAUUCUCCCCCUGCCAGCCAGUGUGGUGUAGUGGUUAAGAGCAGUAGAUUUGUAAUCUGGGGAACCGGGUUCGCAUCUCCGCUCCUCCACAUGCAGCUGCUGGGUGACCUUGGGCCAGUCACACUUCUCUGAAGUCUCUCAGCCCCACUCACCUCACAGAGUGUUUGUUGUGGGGGAGGAAGGGAAAGGAGAAUGUUAGCCGCUUUGAGACUCCUUCGGGUAGUGAGACUCCUUCGGGUAGUGAUAAAGCGGGAUAUCAAAUCCAAACUCUUCUUCUCUGCCUUUCUUCCCUCCAAACCCCUCUGCGUGCUCCACUCACCACCAGCCAACUAGGGAGGGUUCUUUCAGUGACCAAAUGCCUCCACCAAGGUGCCCAGGGGAGCCUGCAUGCCUUGCCUGGCUGCGCAGAGCAGCAGAGGAGCUAUCCUAUUAUGUUAAGAGGUGCUGCUAGCUCUCAUGAAUAUAGACAUGUAUUUUAAAGAAUUGUGACAGCGAUUUUUGUAUUUUAUUUAAGGAUAUUUUAAGCAUCCUCUUUUGGUCUCAUGGCAGGGUACAAGAGCAAGUAAAAAAAAAAGCCAACCCAUCCUGAAAAUUGCCAUCCUAGAGAGGCCACCCAUGGAGCCACACAGCCACUCAUUACUAUUUAUUAAAUUUGUAUAUUGCCCUGUACCCACAGGUCCUUAAUUGCAGCAGCGCACUAAUAAUGCUCACUAAAAUGACAGCUGCCAGUUCUAGAGAGAGAGAGGUUUCCAUAUUUGUCGUGCCACCAUACAGCAUACCCUAUCCCAUGUACCUCCCCUGGAGAUGGGAGAACCUUCUGCUAUAUCUGUAUUAUAUAUAAUUCAACUUCAAAUCUCUUUAAGAACUAAUUAAAGGAUUGUGAGAACUACAGUGGUGCCUCGCAAGAUGAAAUUAAUCCGUUCCGCGAGUGUCUUUGUCUAGCGGUUUUUUCAUCUUGCGAAGCAACCCUAUUAGCGGCUUAGCGGAUUAGCGCUAUUAGCAGUUUAGCGGCUAUUAAAGGCUUAGCGGCUUAGCGGCUUAGCUGCUAAAAGGCUAUUAGCAGCUUAGCGGCUUAGAAAAAGGGGGGGGGGAGCAAAAAAAAAUCUCAAGACUCGCAAGACAUUUUCAUCUUGCGAAGCAAGCCCAUAGGGAAAUUCGUCCUGCGAAGCAACUCAAAAACGGAAAACCCUUUCGUCUAGCGGGUUUUCCGUCUUGCAAGGCAUUUGUCUUGCGGGGCACCAUUGUAUAGAAAAGGCUAAGGAAUUUCUACUGGAGUUUUCAACACCUUCCUCAAACUCAAUAGUUCCCUGUGGUUUUAAAGUUAACAAUUACAGCUAAACUGAUUUCGAAUUACCGUACUGACCUGAAUAUAAGCCUCACUUUCCUCCCCAAAUUCCAACUGUGAAAAGUUAAAGUGCGGCUUAAAUUCGUGACCUUACAAAAAUAGGCUUUUACGAUCCUGCUGCUGAAACAGACAUACGGUAAAACAGAACAGGUGUGAGUUCCUGUGGAAUUUUAAGGAAGCAGCUUAUAUUUGGGUAUUGUCUUUUUUUCCUUGCCCCCCCCCCUGAAUUUUAAAGGUGUGGCUUAUAUUCAGACCAAUACGGUACUUUAAACGUGUAGUGCAGAUAUGCCCUUAAAGCCUAAUACAUGCACAAUGUAACACCAAUGCUUUUUAAAGAGUUCCUGAAAUAUUGUGCCCAAUUUGUGAUUUUGGAAGGAUUAGCUCCAUAAAUGUUUUCAGGAUAUAUCGUUCUGGUGAAGUUAACGCUGAUUCUUUACUUUAUUUUGUUUUAGAUUCCGGGAGUACAAAGCUAUAGAAACUUUGGUUGGCCUACUAACAGAUCAGCCAGAAGAAGUCCUUGUGAAUGUUGUUGGAGCACUGGGUGAAUGUUGCCAAGAACAAGCAAAUCGGAGCAUUAUCCGCAGAUGUGGUGGAAUCCCAUCCCUUGUCGCUUUACUCACUGGAACCAAUCAGGCUCUCCUCGUAAAUGUCAACAAAGCAGUGGGAUCCUGUGCAACAGAACCUGAAAAUAUGAUGUAAGUAGUAGUGGUGGUGGUAGUUGUAGUGGUAGUUGUUGUUGUUCAUUAAAUUUAUAUACCACCAUUCAUCUGAAGAUCUCAGGGCGGUUCCCAAGAUAAGAACACAAAAGCACAAAAAAACCCCCACAAAAAUAAAUGGUUAAAACAAAAUGAAGCAAUAACUCCACAAACACAUCUAAAAGACAGUAGAAUAUUAAUCAUCCAGAAGCCUGGUUGAAGAGGAUUGUUUUUGCCUGGAGCCUAAAGAUGUACAGUGGUACCUUGGGUUAAGUACUUAAUUCGUUCCGGAGGUCCGUGCUUAACCUGAAACUGUUCUUAACCUGAAGCACCACUUUAGCUAAUGGUGCCUCCUGCUGCUGCUGCGCCGCCGGAGCACAAUGUCUGUUCUCAUCCUGAAGCAAAGUUCUUAACCUGAAGCACUAUAUCUGGGUUAGCGGAGUCUGUAACCUGAAGCGUAUGUAACCAGAAGCGUAUGUAACCCGAGGUACCAUUGUAUAAUGAAGGCACCAAACAAGGAAAGGUUCCUCGUUUUUUUUAUAAACAAAAUGUUGCUCAUAUAUUGGAACAGAGGCAUCGAGUUGUGCCCAACAUUGGGCAGGGGGCGUGUGUGUGUGUGUGUGUGUGUGUGUGUGUGUGAUAUGUCACGUCAUCACAACAUCAUGCGACUGUCACAGACACCAUGCAGCAUCUCCCAAGGCGGCUGAGCACAGCGGACAAAAAGGGAGGAGGGAGAUGGGCGGGCAAGGAAGGACUCAGCCUCUUCUGCCCCCUCAAGAUUGGAGGGCCUCAGCCCCAGCCCAGCAGACUUAGGGGGACUGAAGAUGCCUCAGCCCUAUAGAGCUGUCAUCUAUGCAAUGGAAUAUCCUGGUUUAUCAUAUUUAUUACAGAAUUAAAAUAUUUGGCUGUGAAUGAGGCUCCAGUGGUUCAACAAUAUAGAUUCUUUUUUUGUGAAGUCAGUGAUGGACAUGAAAUAUACUUACAAAUAUUACAAGCAUAGAAGAUGUAAUGUAGUAUUUGUAAUAUUUGGCCCAAAACCAAACAACUUCUUUAGCUUAACCCAGUGGAAUAAAAAAAAUGUUGUUGUUUAAAUGGAACUCCUAGGUGUCAUAUUACAAACUGCUUUGUAAACUCCCAGUGGAAGAAAGGAGACAGCAGCUGUUCAGAGCUGUGAGCCACAUUUGAUGAAUCUUUGGGUCUUUGGCCCCUGUGUCCAAACAUACAGUAAUGUAAACAUGGAAGCCAGAUUAUGUAGAGAGAGGUUCUUUUAUUGGGAAAGUAAUUUUGCUGAGCUUCGAUAGUCCACUUUGUAAAUCAGAAGAAUUCACUUGCAUUCUAAUAUUAUUUUAUAUAUACACCUACAUACACCCACAUUGUACAAAGAUAUGCAGGAGAACUAAAUAAUAAUAGUAUCUAAUAUUAAUAUAAAUAUCAGUACCUUCCAAGGUUUGGAAAAUUCAAGCCCGAUAAGCCUACAAAGCUACCUUAUAGUGACUCAGACCACUGGUCCAUUUAGUGUAGUACAGCCUUCUUCAGAAAGCAGCAGCUUUCCAAAGUCCAUUUCACCUGAAGAUGCCAGAAUUUACUGCCUCCAGGCCAUAUGCUCUACCACCAAGCUGUGGCCUCUGCCCAGGUAAUAUCUGAAUCCUAGCCACCUAAAACUGGACUAUAAAUUUCUGUUUUGAGGUGCUUUUGGGUGAAGUAUGUUUGCCAACUUUUCUGCACAUCUAGGCUUGAAAAAAUAAUUUGCAUACUUGGAGCUCUAAGAGUGCUUUCCUGAAGUGCUAUUUAAACUGAAUAUUUCAGUAGCUGUACAUGGAAACUAAACAAAUACCAAACUAAUUUUUCUUCCCCCACCCCCCUGCAUUGCACACUAUGAUCGUGAACUGAAGAGGGCUGGUGUUUUAUAAAGAGAACUGUUGAUAUUUGACUUGCAUAAUGUAAAGCUUGUACAGUUUGAGGCUCCAGCAUUAAAAUUUCAUGAGAAAUGUUCCAGUAAAAUGUUCAGGUCAGCUUUUGCUUUUACUCUAUAUGAGGAAAGUCACAGUUCUCUGCUUAUAUAUCAACAAGGUUGCAAGGAGAUAGCUAUCUUCUGCUCCUCCUGUUCUGUUUUGCCUAAAUCACUUGAUAUUCACGGAGCGGUGCAGUGAUUCUGAUUGCCUGAAUGGGGCAUUUGUUUCCAUGCUUUGGCUGUCACCCAGUGGCAAGAUAGUGCAGAAGUGUAAACAUGCCAUAUGUACAUGAACAGGGCUAGUCAAGUGGUAGAAAGGGGUGCAUAGAUUGAAUCACUUGCACAUCGUGUCUCACAAAGAAUUGUAGAUGAUCGUAGAUUAUUAUUUUUUUAAUUAACCUAAUAGAGGCAGUGCCAUAAAUCAGCAAAUAAAUCCAAACAACCAAUCGGCAGAAGCAAAACCCCAGGACUGCUUUGCUGCUUAGAGCCUAUUGCUCUUCUGUCCAUUAUGGACAGCUUCAUGCUGAAAUGCAGUCAACGAAAGAACCCAAAUCAACCCAAAUUGAUGCCUAAAAUUGUGGUCUUUCAAAGCUCAGCCUGUUUAAGAGAGAGAAAAUGCUGAUAGUUUAAGCAAAAAUAAAAAUUGGGCCAUUUUCCUCUAACUGAAUUAUGGUUCUGAUCUCUCUUCUUUUCACUACAGGAAGCAUUCACUGUAUUAGCUUGCAGUCCUGAGCCAGAAUUUGCUCUUUUCAAUAAAAUGCAGGUGCUAUGUAUUAGAAGAUUUAGUUUAUGAUCAAGAAAAUGAAUUUCUGAGGAAGAAAAACCAGAAGAUUCUAUCCCUUUUUUCAGUGGCUUAAAAGGUGUCCCAUUUUUAACAUAAACAGGAAGAAAGGUUGCUCAGCCCCAGUAUUAACUAUGAUGCAUUAGAAAACAUUAAGGAUUUUCAAAAGGUGUUAACAUGUGCACUAAUGUUGAUCUCGUUAUCUACAGAUGUCUUAUUUGUAGAUACUGGUAACUAUAAAACUGAGGGCAAUAAAGUCAUGUUUCACAUUUCAAAGUUCAAAUUAAAUGGUUGUGCCUCCAAACCUUGCUGUAUAUUCCCUCCCCAAUAACACACAAGUGGAAAGGGGGAAUUAAUAAGAAAAAGCAGUGCAGACAAGAUAAGGAAGAUAAAACAGGCUCAGUGAGCAGACAGUCUGCAGCAUUCUGUAAGGAUUUACCCAGUUUUUGGAAUGCAGUAAACUGGAGUGGAGUAAAUUUUCUCUUGUGUCAGUUGACUCAGUCAUGUGUUUUCAGUAUAGUAACAGCCUGUGUCCUCUGAUGCCCAAAGUUUCAGUGCAAAUAGCAACGGUGAAGUGUGUCACACAGAUCACUCCGAUUUUACUAAAUCAUGCUAUAUAGGCCAUCCACAGGGCAAUGAAACUAGUUCUGUCAUAAAUAGUUCUUUGUAGAUUAACUUGAAUCUGUUCUUGGAAAAUUGUUUCCAACUGUAGUUGUGUUAGUGAUGUUAGUGAUCCUUUACAGUCGUCUUUAAUUCUAUCGUCCAUUUACAUUUUUUGUUAGGUUUUAUAUUGCCUUUUAUUCAACAUCAAACCUAACUAUUGGUGUUAUGAUUUUGAAUCUUAUGCACUAAAAUGAAAGACCUUUUCUAACCAGCUUGAGCCCCUGAUUUACCAUACUAUUUAUCAAAGCCAUUUGUAACCAUUUUUUUUUUGUUUUGUUUUAUGUUUAAAAGAGUUGCAUUGUGGUUUUCAAAAAGAUGAGAUUGUGCUUUGUAAGACUUGGAACCUGUAAUCUUACCAAGGAGCACUAUAUACCAUGUGUAUGUAUGUGUAUAUAUAUAUAUAUAUAUAUAUAGUCAGUAUAACACUGUUUACAUUUGUGUAUGUGGUCUCAGUUGGCAGCAGAUGCAGUCAGACUUCUCAAGAGCCCUGGCAUAGAAUGGCGUAACAAAAAAGAAUGAUAGAUAUAAGAAACAGAUGUUGAGGGUGUGUGCAUGUGUCUUUGAGUAAGUCUGGGGCUUGUUUAUCCUGGAAAUAUUCAAUAUCAAAUUAUUAGAGCACAGAAAUGGCUUGCUGUAGAAUAAGAUUGUUAACAUGUAGAAAGAGAGACUUCAUUUAGAACUGCUCUCUUGGCAGUAGAACUGAUUUAACCCUGGCAAUUCAGGAGAUCUUCAAAUGGCUUUUUGGUUAAACAAGCAACUGCCCAAACAAUAAUCAAGGUCUAGCCAAUAUAUUCCAAUAUAAAUUACACAAGCAAUCAAUUCUGCUGUGUAGCCAAGAUUGGCUUAUGUACAGCAGUAUUUUAAGAAACCAUUAGACGUGCUGUGUUGAAUCAUAUCCUGUCAGGGGCGUUUGGAUGAGCCUCAGCCACAGCUAGUCUGCAAAACACAGCAGAAGGCAAAGUCAAAUGGAAUAAUGUCCCCAGGACCUCUAGGUAAACAUGUGGUGCCGGAAGACUCCUGAGGAGAAUUGUGAUCAGAAUAGAUGCAGCUCUUAAGAAAUACAAAUGGCAGAUAAGGAGGUCAGAUGAGUCAGAUAGACAAAUAGAUCAGAAGCUGACAAACAGCUUGAACAGGAUUCCAGGAAGCAGGCAGGCAGGUAGAGAAACUCCCCCCCACCCCAUAAAAAUCACCCCAUCCCUAUUAAAUAUAUUACAUCAAAUAUUUGUUUGUUCAAGAUGUUAACUCCUGCCUAACCAGGUGGACAUGAUAUAUGUCUCCAUCUUGGAGACUCAAACCAACAGCCCCACAGAAGUAGCAGCUUGGACAUGUGAUGCAAACUCUUCCUAUGUUUCCCAAGAGUCUUGCUAAGUAGUCCAAGUUAUCAACUAUAGUAACAACAGCCAGUCAAGUUGAUCAGCAGGAAGCAAAUCCUUACUCAUAAGCUUGGCAGCCAACACCCAACCACCCCUAAGGCUUCUCAGAGCCUAGUGAGAGAAGCUUUCAUGAGACCCACCUUCAUGUGGACCCAGUGAGUUGGUUGCCCUUUUCUAAUAUCCCCUGUGAAGCACGGCCUCAAGCAACUUCAUUUAAUUACAGCCUUCUUAACAGACAGUUCUCCGGAUGCCAUAGAAGUGGAAGCCUCCUGCCACUGGAGAGAAGAUGUCUAGGCUGAAGCAAUUUCACCAGAAGCUGUGGAGAGAGCCUCUCGGUCUGUAUUGGUCCAAACUUGUUCCUGCCAAAAAUGAAGGCAAGAAGCAUUCUACCUCAAAACAAUUCCUCCCAUCUCUCUUUUCCUAUGUUUACUAUAGCAGGAGAAGUAAAACUGGCAUUCUUCUAAGGUUGAAGAGCAGUUCCAGAAUUCAGCAGCUCUCUGGGAAGAAGCUUUCUUCCUUCUCUCAAAGCACCCCCCCUCCAAUACCAGCAAAAGAAACCUUUCAGAGUUUGCAGAGAUCUGGAGCAAAAGAGAUGUGGACAUAAUUGAGCAAUGAUUACUGAAUGGUGGCAUAACAAAGCAUAUUUUUCACAUGAUCCAAAAUACUUAUUUGAAAUUAUGUAAGACAUACCAAAUUAUGAAUGUUACGCUUUCAGUUUAUCCUUUUUUUGUUAAUUUGCUUUGCAAAUAUAUGUGAUUUUUGUUAAACUGAAUCAAAAUUUAAAAAUAAAGCGAGAAUGAGAGACAGAGGUGCACGCAUGAGCUCUGCAAAUGAAGACAGAAUGCUAAUCCCCAGAAUUAUCUUGUAUCUCCUUGGAUUGGCUUCUCCUUUCCGUCAAGCAAACCAAAGAAACAAUGAAGAAUCAAAAAAGCUCUCCAAUAUCUCAUUCAUGUUAAGGCCACAGAACCAGUUCCAAGUUGGAAGCUCUUCCUAGGAGUGUGUUUUGUUUUUGUGCAUUUACUUUUAUAAGGCUUCUUUUUUCAUUUUACGGCUAAUUGACAUAGCCCUGGAGACAAGAAGGCACAGAAGAAGAAGAAGAAGAAGAAGAAGAAGAAGAAUUUGGAUUUGAUAUCCCGCUUUAUCACUACCCUAAGGAGUCUCAAAGUGGCUAACAAUCUUCUUUUCCCUUCCUCCCCCACAACAAACACUCUGUGAGGUGAGUGGGGCUGAGAGACUUCAGAGAAGUGUGGCUGGCCCAAGGUCACCCAGCAGCUGCAUGUGGAAGAGCGGGGACGCAAACCUGGUUCAUCUUUCAGCACCAUUGCAAGGGAAUGCUUUGUCCCCUGAGCUUGUACUGCUAUGAGUUAGUGUGACAGUGUGUGAUGCCUUUGUUGCAGGAUCAAGCAGUCUAGUGCAUGGGGGUCUGGAGCUAUCAAGGCUGACCAAGUAUAGAUAGACUAGUUCAGAUAAUGGAGGCAGAAAAUGUGUGCAGAAAGGAAGACAAGUUCAAGGCAGUAUAACGUUACAGCAGCCAUGGAAAUGGUGUUAAACUGGUAUUUUGAAGGCUAGCAGAGUGCCCCAGGUGGUGUUUCAAAAGAUAAUGCUCUUGAAUCCACAGUAAAGCAUGGAUUCAUUGGGUGGUCUUGAUCCUUUUACUAUGAUUUGUCAAGCUACAUUUUCUAACUGUUAAUCUGUGAUUUCUAAUGGCCAGCCACUCGGGGAUUGAUAUGAGAAGCAGUAAGAAGCACUCUGCAUACUUUUUAAGUGUUCUACAGAUGAUGAUAAAAUACUGGUUCUAGAUACACAAUGGUACCUUGGUUUUCGAACGUAAUCUGUUCUGGAAGACCAUUCGAGUUCUGAAACAUUUGAAAACCGAAAACUCAGACCGGAAGCCUCAAAACAGAAAACUCAGUAUGGAAGCCACAUUUCCUGUUCGACACAUGAAUGAAGACACAUGCUUUGGGGUUAAUGGGCCACAGCUUUAUAAAUAUCAGAUCUUCAACAGGCAGAAAACAGCACGUUAGAAGAGCAGGUGAUGGAAAUCUAGCCAACUAGUAGAAACUGCCAACUGGCUACGUGGAGGCAGAUGUACCUGGUAUAGGCCAAGAAGCAGGCAGUUCUGAGAAGACAGACUGACAGGUGAAGAGGGGGUGGCAGCACCUAUUAUAGUGGGUGGAGCCUCCUCCCAACCUGAUGCCCCAAACAUUUGUGCACUGGUGUUUUCUCUCUGCAUAGGAAUCUCCAUUCCACAGUCAUAUGAGGAGGAGAAAUCCACCCCUUGCUAAACAUGUCAGAGGGCAGUGGUGGACUUUGGGCUCUCAAAUUUCAGUAAUGCCCUGUAUAAUGCUGAAAUUUAGCACUCCUCUUGCGAUCUGUUCUACAGCAUUGUUGUGGUGCAACUGCACUGGUUGUGGUACCCUAAAACCGCCUCUGCAGAGAAGGAUUAGCAUAACCCUUUUAUAUGUUCUUGUGUGUACUGUAUUGUCAUCUUAUCACCGCUUUGUGGUCUAAACUUGGAUUUCCUCUGUGUUUUUUGAAGUUGCUGUUCUUUGUACUGGCCAUGUAAAUCGGCCUGCCUUGUUUUAACAUUUCACAUUGUCCUUGCUCCUCUCCAAAAUACCUGGAUGCUGGAAGCAAAAUUAUAUAACCAGGUUGCAUCAAUUUAAAUAAAGCUGUACUUACUUUAGACAGAGAGUUCGUGUCCUAAAUCAUUCUGUCUGAAUCAAAAUAAUUGUAUGAUUACGUACUUGCCUGAUUUUCUACUUACUUUUCAUUCCUGGCAAACUCAUUUUACAUAAUGAACAGAAAUUAGAUGUUCUUGCUUGAUUUUUUUACAUGGGUAAAAAUCUGUAUUUUAUUUUAUUUCCAAAAUAAUGUAUUCACAAUUAAAGAUGUGGACAAACUGUGUAGAAUUAAACAUUUGAGGUUAUAAAUCAAAGUAUGCCUGAUUGUCUUUAUCUUCACUUCAUCUGCUUUGAGUUUUACAUAUCUUCCUGAACAAAGCCAUGUUUGUAAAGGAUAUUAAGUUUUGUUUGGUCUUCCUCUUCGUUUUAAAGUACUCAGUGGACUUUAAUAUGAAGUUAUGAUCCCCUAGACUGAUUGAUAUAUAAACAUAAGACAGAUGGUUUAAAGAUGACUCUGAUGAUAAUUCAUUUUUCAGCUAGACAUGAAGAUACUUUGAUUACAGUAUGUUUAAGCAAUUAUAACACGGUAUUCAGUGUUAGUCUCGUCGGUAGGGAGCACAUAGGAAACAAGUUGCACGUUAUUCAUGCCCAACAAAGGGUGCACUGUGGUGUGACCCAUUUUAAUUCCAAAUGUUAGGUUAGCAACAUAGAAAUUUAAAAUAUGUCAUACAGCAAGGUAAAUAAAUUAAACAUAGACUCAAUAUAGAGUUAAGUACAUAGUUUUUUGGCAUAAAUAUUUGUUUUGGAAAGUAUUUGUUGCUAUAUGAAAGAAACUAGUAUGUUUGAAUUUUGGUUCGACUUUGCAUGCAGCUUGUUAAAAAAGUCACGUGGCUCAUUUUUAAAGUUUACAAGGGUCCUAGCUAUAUAAUGCCGUUUAUUUUAUUUUAUACUUUCUAGAAAAGAAUUUUAAGGUAAAGUGCUGGGGGCGGGGUGGGGGAAUGUAGAGGAUUCAUUGAAAAAGUGUAUCUCGUUCAAAGCCACAUUUCUACAGAUACGCUUUAUAAACGAUGUUGGGAUGUUUCAAUGAUAAAACAUGGGUUUACACAUGGGUCUUGCGCAAUAACCAUCUAAUAAAUAGAAUGUUAAGUAUUAUUUCAGUUGAUAUCUUCAAUGCCUCUCUUUACUAGGAUAAUUGAUCGUUUGGAUGGUGUUCGUUUGUUAUGGUCUUUGCUGAAAAACCCUCAUCCAGAUGUUCAGGCGAGUGCAGCCUGGGCUAUUUGUCCUUGCAUUGAAAAUGCAAAGGUGAGAAAAUAUUUUCUAAGUAUUUUACUAAGUUGAUAAUUAGUAGGAAUCGGUGGGAUGGCUGCUGAUGGUACAAAGCCACUGACAGUUCCCUCAAAUAAGGGAAAGCAAUGAUCUUUCCCUAUGCAUUUUACAGGGGGGAAGGGAAUCUAGCAGGGUACAAUUGGAUCCUGAACGCCUUGCGAAUUGACACUUUGGCUCCCGAAUGCCACUAACCCAGAAGUGAGUGUUCCGGUUUGCGAACGUUCUUUGGAACCCGAAUGUCUGACAGGGCUUCUGUGGCUUCUGAUUGGCUACCAGGAGCUUCCUGCAGCCAAUCAGAAGCCGUGCUUUGGUUUCUGAAUGUUUUGGAAGUUGAACAGACUUCUGGAACGGAUUCCGUUCAACUUCCGAGGUACCGCUGUAUCUAGAAACAAGCCCAGAAAAGAACAAGACCUGGAAAGUUUAUGUGUAUACACACACACACCAUCAGCGGCUGAAACUAAGAUCAAAGAGAUAGAGCUUCUCCAUCUUUGGCUGCAGAGAAUAUAAUCUAUCUGAUUUCGAUGCUGCCCAUCUGGUGAUACUUCAUCUUUUUGAAAUACCAUCUCCUAGCUCCUGUAAGAGCCCCCGUUAUUUUAAAAGCCACUGCUUUCUGAAACUCUAGAAUCCUUCCAUUGCCUAUCAAAAUUUUAGCCAUGGUAAGCAAGGUAGCCCAAAGUUUACGCUGCUAAAAUGAGGUUUUCUCAAAACAUAUAUUAAAGCUACAGAUUAUUACCAUAUUGAUCUUAAUUCCACGUUGUUACUAAAUUGCUUUGAUAGCAAACUUCCAACAACAUUGGAUUACAUUACAUACACUAUUGUAAAUUGCAGCAUAUCAAGACUUGCCUACAGCCCUUCCCACAUUUUGGAUCAGAGAUGUUAUUCAAUUUGUAUAACCUAGCUAGCAUAAUAUGCCAGCAACUCAAAACUUUGCAUUAAGCUUCUCUCAUACCAGGAGAAGCGAUAACCACCCAAUACCCAAAUAUGCCAUUACCUCUCCUCCAAGAGACAAGUAUAUCAUCCCCAAGCAAGAGCAAUGUUUAAAAAAUUCACACCAAACAUAUAGUUCAGUAAAAAGGGUGGUAGUAUUGAACUAUAGAUGCAAAAAGCUGUGAUUAUCAAUUGCAAAAUAGGCUCUCAGACUAUGAAAUGCAGGGUUUAGAUGUACUGAUAAAGAAAGGGGGAAACUGAAGCUCUUCUUUACACUUCGUAAUUUAACUGGGAUUGAAACAAAACAUGAUUCUAUGAAAACAAGAAUAGCCUAUAAAUUCUGGUUUUCAUCCAAAUUCUAAACAAUGCAGCAGAUCAGAGGUGCUAAACCACUGGAGUAAGGGGAGAGCAAGCUGAGACAUUCUAUUCUUUCCUCUUACACUAGGUAGUCAAAAUGCUUUUGAUCCAUAUGGGAGAAUGUGUUGCCUCUGGUAGGCUAUAUUUACGAUUUUGUAGGACACUAUCAAAUGGAUAAUCCCCAAAACCUUGAAUGCACAGGGCUGCAGGAUUAAACAGAAAGCAAGGAUGUUGCAGGAAGGAGUUGAAAAUUACUGAAUACUAAAACUAAGGCAGAUAGUUUAGUUUUAUGCUAUGGUACAGGUCACAAAAGUGGUUCCCUGUAUGGGGAAGUCUUCCCUCCCUUCCUCCAUUACAAGCAGAAGUCCUGAUAUACCUGAGCUGCUUAUAUUGGUGCAUAGAGGGAGGGAGGGUUGUGUUAGCCCAGUAGAGCAUUUCUGUGUAUUAUGGCAAGCAGUGUUACUUUGCUUGGUGGUGACUAAUGUUAUUUUGUAGUGGUAGGGUAUAUAUAUAAAAUUGAAACAUUUAUUUUAAUAUGUUUUAUUAAAGAGAGAGAGAGAAGAGCGGCCAAGCAGGCAACAGAAUCACCAUAACAGAAGUAGAUUUAGAUUAAUUAGCUGGUUAAUUCAAUAGCUACAAACCAUAACGGUAGAAGUAAUUGCUGUGACAGAGUGGAAGUGCAUUAGCCAAUCAAAGCAAAUAAUUAUGAAGAAUUGCAGUGAAAAGUGUUCUGAGCUCUGUUGAUAUUGGAAAGUCAUUUUGUAGUCAAGAUACUCCUUUAUUCCCUAUGCUGAAUAAUGUAAACAUAAGAAACAUUCAGAAAUUACAAAGUUUUCCUUGUUUCAAGCAUGGUUGCUCUGUUGAUCCUAAACAAAGACAGAUAGGAUAAAAAAAUGAUUUAGACACUUUUAAUUGUGGGUAAUGGCCUCUUGAGCCAACCUCAACUUCUACAUGCAAAAACUUUUCUUCAUAUUACCAUUAUUAUUUUCCGUAUUUCAGUGAGAAAGUUAGUUUGAUUUCCCCCUUAAUUUUGAGUACUUUUCUUACAAAAUAAUGGAAAAAAAUGUUUCUGAGGCUAUGCUUGUUUAUUGCUAUGUUUCUCCCAGUCCAUUCAUAUUUCAGCACAUAAAACUGUGAAUAAAAUAGGAGUGGGAAGAGUUCUGUACUGUGCUCUGAGCACACACAGGAGACAGAGAAUGUGCUACUUGAAGGCAUUUAACCAUGCAGCAUCUCUAUAUAGCAUGAAUGAUGCCAUUGGCCUUGCCGGGGGGGGGGGGGUUUUGCCAGAGUGCCAGCCAAUCAGGAGUGCCUGUUUUCCCUAGUGUGCGUCUCUGAGUGACACUCUGCUCAGUUCCCCAGUAGUCUGCAGCAAGGGAUUAGCCCAGGGGUCAGCAAACUUUUUCAGCAGGGGGCCGGUCCACUGUCCCUCAGACCUUGGGGGGGCCAGACUAUUUUUUGGGGGGGGGGAAUUAACAAAUUCCUAGGCCCCACAAAUAACCCAGAGAUACAUUUUAAAUAAAAGCACACAUUCUACUCAUGUAAAAACAUACUGAUUCCUGGACUGUCCGCAGACCGGAUUUAGAAGGCGAUUGGGCAGAUCUGGCCCUUGGGCCUUAAUUUGCCUACCCAUGAGUUAGCCAGUUACCUUUGCAAAGCCCUUUAAGGGUGCUUCAGUGUGUCCCCACAGCCAGCAAAGCCAAGAAGGCAUGCUUUCCUUCUUCAUGUUGCAAAACCUCAGGGACCAGUAGGUUAAUUUGGCUGAAUGAGAUAGCAGUACUGAUUUGAUAAAUUUGGAAGGUGCACUGAGUUGGUUUAGCAAUCUGAGGCAUCUUUAUGGCAAGAGGAUCUUUACAUAUAGGGGCCACUAAACCUCAUUAUGGAGCUUGACCACUCAUGAAGGAGUCACCUAAUAUGGCAGAAAACACUUCUGGCCCACCAGGCUCCUGUCUAUAGGACUGUGUGCCCCGCUCCCCGCAGGAAUCAAAGUUGGCCAUCCUUAUAUAGUUAUUUGCCAAGACGUUUGCCUCAUGUGUUUAUCUCUUACGUUAUGCCAUUAGUUUUCCUUUCUCAUAUAAUGAUACUUUAUGAAAUGCAAAAGAGGCAAAGUGAACCUUCUCCUCCUUCCUGCCCUCCGGUAAAGUCGGGUGUGCUGCAAAAUGGCAAACCAUGGAACGGGACAGGGACAGGUCUCCAGAAGGAAAUGGAGUCCACAGAGGACUCUUGGUAACUCAAGUUUAUUUGCUCAACCACACCAUCACAUUUUUGGGCAAAAGUAGCCAGAGUUGAUAAAUUGGCUUUGACAUCUUAAGCUUUCUAAGAUAUUCUAAAAGGAAAAUACUACUGUGUUGUUUUUUUAUUGGGAAGCUUUUAUCUAUGAGGGUAGAAUAUUUAUAAACACGGUGCCUUUUCAAAGCAGCAUUUAGUUUACAGUACUUCAAACUCAGAAGAGAGUCUCGUUCCGAGAACUGAAAGAGGUCUCAAACUUCAGUAUUUUGGCAGACCAAUAUAUAUGUCAAGGAAUGUUGAUAUUAAAAUCAACAAGCGAUGAUGAUCUGGUCCUGCAAAUCACAUGGUCCACAGCACCCCAAAGAUUCCAGUGGAUAGGGCUCACUCAAAAACUGACUUUUGAUGUGACCUUGGGGAAGCUUGUUUAUUCUUCAGUGUUGCUCUUGUACACAUCUGUAAUGAGGGGUCUUUUCCCCAGCCUAGACUGUGAAGGGGUGCGGGGAGAAACCUGAUUUAGGAUUAUUAUGAGAAUAGUUCUGAGAAAUGAAGAAAUGUAAUAUGUAACUGAGGGACCUCUCCACAAAUAUACUCUGCGGUUAUUCAUGAGGUUACAGUGACUAGAGAAAUUGCUGCCAUCAUCAUGGGAUAAGAAUAGAUGCUGAAUAUACAGGGGUCCCUUUACCUUUACUUAUACCAUAUUUAUUCUCCUAUAGUACAUUCACAUUUUACAUUUCUCUGUAGGAGGGCAUGUCUGAUGUAGGCUGCUCAAUAUUCACAUAAAUCCUGACACAACACAGACAACAUCUCAGGAUUCACGUUACUUUACAAUGCAGCUCAUAUUGAUUAGUUGUGGUUUGGAUUUGUACAGUGAAAGGUGCAUAGGAACACUUUUGGUAUUCAACCAACCAUCAGGUUUAGACCACUGCAGGCUGUGCUUGGAUUAAGUCCUUAAUCAUGGUAACAACAGGUCCAUUGAAAUCAACGUGAUUUAGCUUUAAAUCCUAGCUUUAAUUUCCGUUGUCUACUCUCAGCAUGACUAAGCCUGGAAACAACCCAUAAUGGACAAUCACAUUUGGAAACUGAGAGAAAGAACGGGCAGUGAAAUUAGCUCUAAAAUGGAAAAACAAGAGCAAAAGCAACUUGCGUUUUCGUAGAACCAUUGUUUACAUUAAAUGGAGAUUUAGCCAAUUAAGUAAAUUGUUUUGUUUUGUUAUUCACUCAGGAUGCUGGUGAAAUGGUUCGUUCCUUUGUUGGUGGCUUAGAGCUGAUAGUCAACUUAUUAAAAUCAGAGAAUAAAGAAGUUCUGGCAAGUGUGUGUGCUGCUAUAACCAACAUAGCAAAAGAUCAAGAGAAUUUAGCUGUUAUAACAGAUCAUGGUGUUGUCCCUUUGUUGUCCAAACUAGCAAAUACAGUAAGUAAUGCAUUUUUUGUAAUAUGUUUUAACAAUUGCUAGCUUACUGAAACCUGCUGCAUGAUGGCAUCCUAAGUGUGGCUGCUGAAAGUACUCACUUUAUCACAGAAUUGGGGGGGGGGGGAGGGAAACAAAGUGCAUUGGGGAAAAACUAGGAUAUUCUGUUAAAAGUGAAAACUUUGAGAGGGCCAGAAUUAAAGCCUUUGGUAUGGGCUUUACUGUGAAGCAGCUGAGAAGACCAGGACCUUACGUCUUUAAACUACAAAGAAACACAGGAUGACCUAGAGACUAGGCAGAGAAAUGCAAUUUCUUUAUGCGUUGCAUUUUGUUCUUGAAAUGAUUUAUUUACCUAGCCUUCAUUUUAUUUUUUAAAAUGAUACUUCCUUGUUUACUCACUUUAAUACAUGGUUUAAAAAUCAGUUUCUAAGGCUCAUGUGCACAGAACACUUAACCACAGUUUAGCACUAUGUGGAUAAGCCUCAGUGAGCCUUAGCUAAGCAUUUGGCUCACACACUGCCCCUUUCACUCUCAUCCUCCUGCAAAACCAAGAGGAGGACUUUUGCCAAGUUUACUUCCAUUUUCAAAAAAAUAUAUUGGUUUAGCAAUAUUUGUGAACCAGGAUUAAAACAAACUAUGGGUAGUGAAGCCAGCUUCAUAACCCAUGAAGUUGGCUUGUUGAGCAACUAACCGUUCUCAAAUUUAUACAAGAAUUCCUGGUUUACAUGUAGUAUAAAGCAUAUAUGAUUCGAAACUAGAAGUAAACUUGACUAAAGUCCUGACUGUGAGGGAGGAGGAGAAAGGGUGUGACUGAGCCUGAUGCUUUGCUUGGAUUUGCUGGGGCUUGUCUAUUGAGCCCUUAACAAGGGGUAGCCAAUAUGGUGAUUUCCGUCAUGUCGGCUACGCCUAUGCUAAUUCAUGGUUUGUAGCUUAUGUAUAAGUAGCCCAUGGUGUACACACCAGCCUGCAUGUGUGUGUGUAUUGAUACUGAUUUGAAACUGAAAGAGUGCAUAUUCUAUUAACAUAACAGAUCCACUAUUUACCAUGCUACAAGUCAGUUUAAGGAAGCUAUUGCUUUAAGAUAAGAAAAUAGACACCUCAACAGAGCGGCCAUAUGGCUUUGCAAGGGAGCAUGGCUUGUAUUCCUUGUAAACAGUAUUUUCCUGGGAGCAGAAGUUCCCAUGAUUGGCCCUGCCUAAUCUGGUUCCACUGUGCAGAUAGCUACUGCCCAGUGGCGAAGUUGCAUGCUCCAGCACCGGGGGUGGAGAGUAGGCGGGGGCGUGGCUGGUGCGCAUCCUAGGUGCGCAUCCCAGGGGGUGUGGCAGGCAUCCUGGGGGCGUGGCACAUCAUCCACGGGAUGUGUGGUGUGUGUCCUGGGGGCGUGGCAUGCCACCCGUGGGGGCAUGGUAUGCGUCCUGGGAGUGCAAUGGGGUGCGUGGCGCGUGUCUGGGGGGGCAGCCGUGGUGGUACCACCCUCCCCAAUGGUACUGGGGGCGAUGCGCUCCCCCCGCCCCCCAUUCCUCCGCCACAUCAGAUUUCAUCAUAGAAAGUAGCUCUCAUGUAGCUGUGACAACAUCUAAUGGGGCCUAGCUUAAAGGGAUGGAAAUAUCCAUUGCAUUUUUAUUCAUUCCUAACGCUGUCAUAUGACAGUAACCUUGAUUCAAAAGUCUAGGAGUACAUUUCCAGGCUAACUAAAUAACGGACCUAUUUUUCCUCCUUUCUUAGAACAAUGACAAACUACGACGUCAUUUAGCGGAGGCCAUUUCUCGCUGCUGUAUGUGGGGAAGUAACAGGGUCGCCUUUGGGGACACCAAAGCCGUUGCCCCUUUAGUGCGUUACCUGAAAUCAAGUGACCCAGAAGUUCAUCGAGCUACUGCACAAGCCCUCUAUCAGCUGUCAGAGGAUCCCAACAACUGCAUCACAAUGCAUGAAAACGGGGUGGUAAAGGUAAGUGGUGGGGGAAUCUCUUCCUUCCUCCCCCCCUCCAUAACAUGAAGAACAAUAAGCCUCAUGACCUAAUGCCACCCUGCUAUGGGUUUCUCCAUCCUUGCUUCACACAUCAUUGUAAGUAAGUAAGUAAAUUUUUAUUUAUACCCCACCCUCCCCAGCCAAGAUUGGGCUCAGGGUGGCUAACAUCAAAUAUCAAAUACAUUAAAACACAAUCAAACAAUUGAUUAAAAUACAGCUUAAAAAUUAGAAUCAGGAUAAAAUUAAACGAUUGCCCACGAAUUACAACUAUAGAGGUCGGGAACCUCAAGUAUUUGGCUGCUGCUGCUUAAGGGGGUGGGGAAAUGUGGAGCACAGUAACAUCCUGUCACAUGCUUUUUUCCUCUCUGUGUUACGGGCAAGAGACAAGAAAAAGAGGUGGGUGUGCCAUGCAUCCCUCAUAUUAUCUAUCCCUGUUCUAAGUUUUCUUUAACUAUACAGUAGUUUUCAUCCACAGGGAUAUUUUUUUCUGCCCCUCUUGAGUGUCUGAAUAGCUCUAGAUACCAUUAGACAAAUGAGAAAUGUAACGUUUUCUUAUCUGAAAAGUUUAAAACCAAAUCUCAUAGCCACCCAACGUUUUUUCUUGGACGGGGGUGAUGAGUAAGGUUGCAAUCCUAACUUCACUUUUUGGGGGGAGUAAAACCCAUUGAAUUUAAUAGGACAUAUGUCUGUGUAGACAUGGUUAGGAUUGGGCUGUAAGCAUCUUUAUCUUUCUUCAGGUAAGCAAAGUAAAAAAAUUUAAAUAAUACAUGUAUUGGUAAGUCUUGUAGUAACAAAUAGAUAGGUAACUGCCAAAAAAAUGACUAAUUUAUUUUAAUUGCCCAAUUUACUUUUAAAGCUUGCAUAAAAUUUGCGUUUUCCAUCUUUAAAAUGCUCAUUUUCAUUUACAAUCUAUGGAGUCAUUAUAGUACUUAAUUACAAAUUAUUAUUCUGGGAACGUAAGAAACGUAUAUGCAGUUCAAACACACUUCACAAAUAAUUAUUUUGGGACUUUUAUUGUUCAGAAAAAUUUAAACACUGUAAAAAUAUUAUUGCUUUGAGCUGAUUUAUCGCCAAAGCUUUUUGCUCUGAAGUCCUCGUUUCAAAAAUUCAAUGGUGGAUCAAGAAAGCAGUGUUUAACAAAACUUAGAAACUAGGAAACUGCACCUAAAUAUAUAUGUUUGAAAUGGAGGUAGUAUCACCAACAUUGAUAUUCCUGAUCCUAUUGAAAACUAUCUCCAGGAUAUUCUGCAUACUUUUCUUUCCAGUUUUCAGUAAAUUUGUUGUCCUCCCCAGAUUUCAGUCUUCUCAUAAAAUACCUGAUCUUUUUUGCCAUAUAAGCAGAGGUAGACGAGUACAACCUAGAUACCUUCACUUCACUUUUUUGAAAAGGUUGGGAUACCCUGCAAAGGUUGUGAUGGAUGGUUGCUUCACCCUGGCAUGUUCAUCACUUGAUGGUUUGCGUGUGUGAAUGGGCCAUCACAGAUAUACUGUACUUUUCCGUGUAUAAGACUAGGUUUUUUUCUUUAAAAAUUAUGCUAAAAAGUGGGGGUUGUCUCAUAUAUGGAUAGUGCAUAGGGUGGACGUUUGAUUGGUUGCUGCCGAAGCUGUCAGCGGCUAUUGGGCAUGUUAUUGGUGGCUGCGUCAAGGGCUGGUGUUGAUUGGCUGAUGCUGCGGCAAUUGGGCGGGCAAUUGGCAGCUUCUGCUGGUGAGGGGACAGACGAGAAGCGGAUUUUGUGAUGCGCGUGUGGGUGAGCGAUAUUUGGCAAUCCCCACCCCCGAAAAAAGCUCAACAACUCUGUGCCAUCUCCCCCCAUUUUCUUAAAUUUGAGUCCCCAAAAAUAUGAAAAAUACAGUAAUUCCAUUUUCAUAUUAACUUGUGUCAGCUCUGAAAUCCUGCCUUUCAGUGGUGAAGUCAGUUCACACAUUAAGCUGCUAAUCACCAAGUGUUCGGCAACCACAGCAACUCGGGCGAAGACCCAUUGUCAGUCUAAUCCCAGGCAAGAGAUGGUAACAGCCCCUGAGAUGAGCUUAUCAUUACCUUCUUUAGUCUCUGCUUUGGUACGUUUCUAAUUUAGGAACAUUUGGACAACAAAUUUGGAAAUUGGCACCCUUAUCUUGGCAUGUUCUGAAUAUCUUUUCGUCUUAUAAAAAGAAGCCUGUCCCACCAAGCUGUAGGUUUAUUGGAGCAGUUCAACAGAAGCAGAGCCCUGCAGCCCUUUUGGUGAUAAAUGAGCCAUUUCAAAUAAGUGGAGCUGUGGCCAAUUUGUGCAGAAGGAAUCAUUAAAACGUUUUUAAAUAAGACAGUUUUGAAGGUUCGGAAUAUAUAAACAAGGUAUGCUAAACCCAAAUAUAUACUGCUCAUUUUAAUGGAAAAGGUUGCUGCUCUCGGCGAGUCUUCCAACUUUAAGAGGAUUUGCCAAAAAGCCAAAGAAUCUGGCACGGGCCGUAGAUAACAGUUCCAUCUUUCAUCUAGGUUUCUCUUCUGUAUUUAUCUUGCUUGAGAGAAUGCAGGGAAUGUCCUUUCCUUCCGACUUGGCAUCGUUUCUAAACCACAGAAAUACACUGAGCAGCUUCUUGCAAUUGUCUUAAGGCAAAUUUCAGUUUAGGAGACUUUGUUGAAAAGUCAGGCUGGGAUCCAAAGGGCCCUUUGCAUGAGUGGAAAGCAUUCUUCAUGCGUGCACAGAGGGGUCACUGAUUUUCCGUCCUAUGGAUCUCCUUGUGUUGCCUCUCAUGCAACUCUGGAAAGUUCUAUGUUCUACAUAAGUGGCAUUUAGUGAAGGCGGAUGACAGAACCCCUGAUUUGUACUUGAAAUAGCUUUGAAUCCUGGCUAGGGUUCCUUUAAUUUGAAAAAGCUAGAAGACCUCCCGGGGGAACACUGUUUGUAAAUAGUACUAUCAUAUAUAUAUAUAUAUAUUUAAAGUUAUAUGUACAGUUAAUAAAAUGAGUUUCUUAUAACUGGCAGAUACUGGGCUUAGCACACGGAGGCAGGGUGCCAGGUUAUUACUUUUGGCACUGAGCAAAGCGAAAAUAGUUUCCUUGCAAAAGAAACUAUUCACAGAAGCUGAACAUAAGAAAUAACAAUAAAAAUGGUAUUUCAGACUUCUUGACUAGCCUUUUUGGCAUUCGUUGAAAAUACGAUACAUUUCUGCCUGAAAACAGCAAGUUUAAUUUUACUAACUAGAUAAAAUUUGUAACUAUUGAACUCGCACUCCGGGGUCACCACCAUCUGUGUGCAUGUAUGGAUACCCUUUUCUAGAACUUGAGGGUCUUUUCAAUUCUUGGGAGCAUUUUUGCAGAGUCCAGUAGAUAAUGGCCACCUCAGUGAUGCCAUAGCAAUGUAUUUUUGCGUAACAUACCAGGGAUUGGUUAUUUGUGUGCAUUAAUAUGGAAGCAGCAGCUGUUAUACCUAUUUAUUUUUAUGGAAGUAAAACAGGUAGAGGAGGGGAGUCUCAUUUUUACAGCAAGGUCUCCAUUCAUGUCUUUCUAGCUACGGAGGAGAGGAAUGCGCUUCAUUCUUUGUUCUUUCUUUGUUGGCUGGUUGCUUGGCAGGCUCCAAGCAAGUGGUGAAGCUUAUAUAUCUAUUUGUAGUCUCUAGGUCAUGCAGCACCUUUAAAAAAUCUUCAGUCUUGUAAAAGUUCUGAAGUCCAGCAGCUGGUGGGACAAUUUAGGACUGGAUAGGGCCCUAAGGGUGGAGACUGGAAAGCUUCUACUCAGAUCUACUCUACAGGUGUGCAAAAAUAUCAAAUAAUGUUUUUGAUCCUCUUAGGCCUGCAGAAAUGUAUAGAAUAUAUUAAUUUGACAUUUACUUCACCCCACUUAUUAUGCUUCACCUGCAAGUCCUUAUGGAAUUGCAACUUUGCAUUGAUAAAUGGCCAGGCAUUGAAACUUCUGGAUUGAGUCCCGACUCCAUCUUCCUGCUUGCCUCUUCCUCCAUUCAGGGCUGUCUGCUGUUUUGGGUUUUAUUUGCAAACUGCUGGGAUAUUGUUAUUAUUAUCGUCAUCAUCAUCAUUAUCAGCAGUCACAUUAACAGAAAUAGCAACAGCAACAGCAGCAGCAGCAGCAGCAGCGAUGGUGAUGAUAGAGCAAGAUAAAUGAAUAAAUAUGUAUUUUUUAUAAUAAUUUUUAAAGCCCCCACAAUUUUCUAACCACUGUCCAGAGAUUUUUUGGGGAGUGGGGUGGGGAACAGUCAUUGCCUACAGGCUCACAAUCCAAGAAAAAUGACACAACAGGGAGAAGGGAUGGUGAGGGGAAAAAAUUCUGGCACCAAUUCCGAAAGGUACACAAUUGUUACAUUUAAAAAAUGGUGCUUGAUUUUUGAAGGUCUCCCCACCACUGCCCUUUUUAUACUUUGAAUGAGCUUUGACAAGUAGGGGGCAGUGGCUUUGUGAAUAAGAAAGCCAAUCAACGAUGUGCACAGUUCUGCUUCUUGACUGACACCAGAGCCUGCGAAUUUAUGCCGUGCAAAUUCUGCUUCUCCUCAAGCCACAAUAAUGAGUUCUCCUGUUUGUGGUCUUGGUGAGAAGGUUGUACGUGCAGCAGAACUUCAGCCACAACAUUUUCAUAAUAGACUUGUUACUUACAUGUUUUUGCCCUGUACACAUCCUCAAUUUCAGUCAGUAUGGAGACCCACAUUGAGCUUGAGCACCUGUGAGGAGCUCACGGCCAUGCGGACUGUCACAUUCCUUUCACAUGGAUAUGUUUCUUCUUUCAUUGAAAGAAAUGUGCUCAGCUUUUAGAGCAGGAAAGCUCCUAUUUGGAUCUCCCACACUUAAAAACCAACAAUUGCUGGAUUGAGGGAAAUAUAAAUAAACUUCUGGAUUGAGACAAGUACAAGUUUAGAGACUGAAAAGCAGUUAAGAAAAUGUAAUGUUUAGAGACAAAAUGUCUGAAAGAGCUCCAGCUCUAGCAGAACUGUAGCUGCAGAUCAGAUGAACUAAGCUGAUUUCCCCUGGGGCUGAGACUUAGUUAUUGGUAAACAUUCUUGGGCUUCUGACAAUUGCACUUUUAUGCCCCAGUACAGAGGUUUUGAAAACCAUUUUGGUUUAAUACACUAGACCUCCUCCCAUCCUCUUAUUUUGUUGUUGUUUAGUCUCUUCGUGACCCUAUGGACCAGAGCACGCCAGGCACUCCUGUCUUCCAUUGCCUCCCGCAGUUUGGUCAAACUCAUGCUGGUAGCUUCGAGAACACUGUCCAACCAUAGCUUUAACUAUACGGACCUUUGUUGGCAAGAUGAUGUCUCUGCUUUUUAAGAUGCCGUCUAGGUUUGCCAUCGCCUUUCUUCCAAGGAGCAGGCAUCUUUUAAUUUCGUGACUGCUGUCACCAUCUGCAGUGAUCACGGAGCCCAAGAAAGUAAAAUCUCUCACUGUCUCCAUUUCUUCCCCUUCUAUUUGCCAGGAGGUGAUGGGCCCAGUGGCCCAUCCUCUUAUUACGCUUAUCCAUUUUAGAGGGAUGCAUUCUGUUGAGGCACUAUAAGCUCCUUAUGGUUGAGAGAUUCUGCCGUGGUCAGGGCUACCCAGUGAACCCAAGGCUGAGCCGAGAUUUGAACUUUGGUCUUCCAUGUCCAAAUGCAGUACUUCAUUUGUUCGGACCUGUCAAAACCCUAUCCAUAGGGGUCAGAAUGCUUGACGCACAUUUGCGUGGCGAUUCCCGCCCCCUCCCAAAGAUAGAAUAAAUAAAGACACAGGACACCAGAAUUUAGGUUAACGGGCGAAAAAUGGCCACAAGUUUAUUGAUUACAGGAAAGAGCGGUAUUGGCUUUAGGCAUUGGCCCUAUCAGACUAACCGGUAUAAACCUGGAAGGGUUAAGCACCAACAGGGGGAGCCCCCGAGAUGCACAUCCCUAGGCGCUCCCCGAGGGGUUACCGCUCGGGAGCGCGCUUUAGGCCCUAGCCUCCGUAGGUUUCGGACAAGGCGACGCCCCCCGGAGUCCUUUAACGAACUACCCUUCAUCAUUUGGGGGAGGUGAUGGCGUUCCUCCCCCCCAACUCAUUUGCAUAAUAAUACCCCUGCCAAUGCCUAACUGCCAAAACCAAAGGUGUUGUGACGUUUUGCUACGAGGUAGGCGAAAAAACCAAGUGGCUUCCAAAAUACAGCCAAUUAGCCAAAUGCAAAAACUCCUACCAGGCCCCUUGCAGCGACCAGCCGAAGCCCAUAGCAAAGUCCAAAUGCCAACCUAGAGGGCGGGUGGGUGGGAAAACCGCAGCUGCAAAAUGGAGAAAAGGGGCGAGCAAGGGCUGCCCCGACCUUAAAUGCCCCCCGUAUAAGCCCGCCCCCACCGCCAGCUGAUUGGCUGGCGGGGCGAAUGAUGAAUAAUAAUGAGACCCGGGAAUCCCUGAGUCCCGCGGGGCUGCAGCCAGCCUCGCGAGGAUGUGGAUGGGGACGUGAGCCCGCAAACCCCCCCCCUCCUGAUGUCGGGAGUGGCUUUAGCAGUGCACUGGUAUAAAAAGACAGUUACACGUAAUUUACAGCACGUAAAUUGCAGGGGAUAGAAAGAAAAUAUUGUAGCAUCCUAGCUGCUACGAGGAACAUAACUUUUUGUAAACACACACCCCACAGAAAAGUAAACUAUUGUCAGAAAGUGGAUCUGCCUAGAUCCUGUGUGUAAAGGGGUGGGGGGGGACCAAAUAACCCUGCUUAUUCGUUCAACAUGUAUUAGAGCAAAUGAAUCUGAACAAGCCUUCUAAACUCAACAGAGAACCGGCAGGAAGGGUGUAUUUGGGGAAGACAUUCCAUAGUUGUGUUAUCACCACUCCACAUUCCCAUAGAACAAACUUCUUCAGAGUGGCACAUUGGAUAAAGCUUCCCCAAGUUUAGCUUAACUGGUGGUGCUGGAGAGGAAAUAUAAUGUAAAAUAGGGAUUUGCAGCAGAUUUGAAUGAAGCCUGAACUAAACCAGAGUGAAGCAGCAUCUCUUUGAAAUGCCUUUAACUGAAGUUGGGGACCUUGGAAGCAACUUAAGGGUGAUUUGGCUAUUUGAACAGUGUCUGCAAAACUUGGUUUUUGAAAUCAGGAUUCAGAUUCUGACCCAGGCUGAAUUUGGCAACAUCUGAAACACUUCAGAUCAAAUCAGGCUGUUUUUUAGAGUGCUGAAUAGGAGUCCAUACUGAAUCAUGCAGUCAUUGCAUACCCCUAAUAUAUAACUAUGUCAAGUUUUGGUUAACGGAGCUAUCCGUUGGGCCACCUUGCCAGGAUGUUAGUGAACAACACAUAUCCAUCUGCUUACACUUCUGUUUUUGAUUUAAACCCAUUGAGAAAGAGUCUUUGUGGUGUUAUUGAAUAUUUUAGCUCUGUACUCUGAACUUUAUGCAGUCUUUAGAUAGCUCUUUUAAAUACAGACUGGAAAAGUAGUCAAGGUAAUAAAAUGCUAGCAGAAAGCUAGGACUUGGAAAAGAAGAACUCUGCUUACCUUACAUUAAUAUAUAGGAAAGGGGAAAUUCAGGCUGCUAACAAUAUAAAGCAAUUGAAAUAAAUAUAGAAAAGAGAAUCUAAGGCAGAUAAAAGAUAAGCAAAGGGGGAUAUGGCAAUGGUUGAAGAGAGUGAGUCCCAUGGGUGAGACUUGUGCAGAUGUACACAGUGAGGAGAAAAGCAACAAGUCUGGCAAAAUCCAUUCCCCCUAAUGUCUAUUACAUAUGGUGAGUCACCUGGCUCCUCUUUUAAUCUUAGUAAAAUGAGUUUCCAUUGAAUGGAAGCAAGUGUGUGUGUAAUAUAUCUAUCACAAAGAACUUUGUCCUGUCUGUCAGUUCAAGUGCCUUCUUUGUAUGUUAAUCGUCUCUCAAAAUACAAUAGCAUAAACAUAAAAUUGAAAAAACACUUCAGGUGAAAGUAUGCUAUAAGACAUUUGGCUUCAUAUUUUCUGGAUUAUCAGAACUCCUAUUGCUUUUCAAGGGAUGAAUUUUAUAUCCCAUAAGACUUUCUGUACUCUCUGAAUGUUUACGGUGAUUUGAGUUUUUCUAAAUGUUGAGCCAAAACUCUUAGAGUUGUAUAUAGACUCCAACAUUCUAAUUUUAAUGAUGUAGACUAAUGGUUCUCAAAAUGGACUUCAGUUGAAUACUUAGCCAGGUAACAUCUCCCCCCCUCCAGUCAAUGGGUCUCCAGCCUGACCUUUCCCCUUCUCAAUCUAACUUAAUAGUGCAGUAUUGAAGAAAGGGAUAAGUUCUGCAAUCCUGGAAUCAUAGAACUGUAGAGCUGGAAGGUGUACCCCAAGGGCCAUCUAGUCCAACCCCCUGCAAUACAGACGUCUCCAGUGAAGCAUCCAUGACAGGUGGCCAUCCAACCACUACUUUAAAACCUCUGAGGAAGAGAGUCCACUCCCUCUCAUGGGAGUCUGUUCCCCUGUUGAACAGCUCCUACUGUCAGGAAGUUACUCCUGAUGUUUAGUUGGAAUCUCCUUUCUUUUGACUUGAAGCCAUUCAGGUCCUACCUUCCAGGGCAGGAGAAAACAAGCUUGCUCCAUUUUUCACGUGACAGCCCUCUAGGUAUUUGAAGAUGGCUAUCAUAUCUCCUCUUAGUCUCCUCUUACUCAGGCUAAACAUACCCAACUCCCUCAACUGUUCCACACAAGGCUUCCAGACGCUUGAUAAUCUUGGUCACCUUCCUCUGCACACAUUCCAGCUUGUCAAUACCCUUAUUAAAUUGUGGCACCCAGAAUUGGACACAGUACUCCAGGUGUGAUCUGACCAAGGCAGAAUAGAGUGACAAUAUUACUUCCCUUGAUCAGGACACUAUACUUCUGAUGAUGCAGCCUAGAAUAGCAUGAGCUCUUUCCCCCCCUGCUGCAUCAUACUGUUGGCUGUUGUUAUCAGCUUCUCUACAAGAAUAUCAUGGGGAACUUUGUCAAGUGUUGAUGGAUAAUGUAUCCCCACCCCACACUUUACUGUUUCCAGAGUCCAAAUAUCAUUCCUUCUUAAUGUACUACCUAUUCAUAAGCCUGUCCCUGUUCUCCACAAAAGCUAGUGGAGCAGCUGGAGCUCUGUUGACAUAAGAGGAAAGGUCUACAUUUGGGAAGAUCAUGUUUGCCUGUUGCAUUAGAUCCUCUUGGUCAGAGAGCAGGUGUUCCCCCAUCCAGUCCCUUUCCUGAUUGCAGAGUCUUACCCUUCCUUUUUCUCCAAGACUAUUCACUUAACCUGUGGAGAAAGAGGAAGGAUGUGCAAUCAUGGAAACCAAUGAACAGGAUAAACUCAUUGCACACCAAACCCUGUUGUCCUCCACCAGCGAUUCUGCAUCUCCUGCUCUUUCUUGCUUCUCCUGUCCUCUGCUCCUUUUGUUCUUUUCCUACAUUUUCUAUUCUUCCUUUAUUUUUGUCUACCUCCAACCUUGUCCUUCUGUGUGUUGGUGGCCACAUCAAAGACUCAAAAAUUAUUUAUACAGCUUACAUAUGCUUGAAUACAGCUGAACUAAGAUCAUGGCCUGGAUUCAAAGAGCCAGAAGCACAUGCCCAAAUGCUUUGUCAUGCUCACUAGGACUUCCCUCAAAUACCUUGCAUGACCACAAGUUAUGCUAUUUGAAAGACCAUUCUUAGGACAUCCUGAUUUUCAAUAGCAGUUUUCCAAGGGGGCAGAUUGCAAUCAGGAACUCCCUGUCUCUCUCUCUCUGUCUCUCUCGUCUCUGUCUGUCUGUCUGUCUGUCUCUCUCUCUCUCUCUCUCUCUCUCUCUCUCACACACACACACACACACACACCACUUUGGAUUCCAGCCCAUGUCCAUAUGUCAGAUUAUUAUAGCAUUUGCCACAGGCUUAGAUCCCCCUGCUAACUGCAGUUAUCUACAGUUAAUUCUUGCCCAGUGGUGUGUUCACAGUUUUGGAUAAUACCUCAUUGUAACCAGUUUGGACUGAUCCAAAUCCUUUAACUUCUUUCAAAAAUAGGUUUCAAAGUCUGCAUAUCCACUAACUAUUGCCUAUUUCCAUAGGGACCACCCACUGUUGCUCUGUCGUUGUUUCUGCCAUGUUCCUCAUGCAAACACCAUUGUAAAACAUCAGCUGAAAUUCCAGUCAAUGCAUAAACAUUUAUUAAUCUUGCAUUAAGCUGACAGUUACUGUGUUCACAUAGUGAUAACAGAUGAUGUGCUAACAAUGGUUUUGUGGAGCCAAGCCGACGCAUUGUAAUUAUCAAUGUGGGUCACCCGUAAGAGUAACUUUCAGUUAACUAGCUUUCUUGUUUUCUAGGUUUAUACUCUCAGGAACUUUAAAGCAUGCUAGACAACAUUUAUAAGCUUCCCCCACCAUCUUGUAAUUUUAAUCCCUCUGGUCCUAUGCUAAGGAUGAAGAAAGGAGUAAUUGUUAUUCUUUCCUAAGGACAGCACAUAUUUCUGCUUUUUUAAAUUAAAGUGGCUCCCCACACUUAAAAGAAGUUCACUAAAUACAAAUGACAUUUUUACCUAUGAAGGUUAAAAUGAUUCUGGUUUUAAAUCCGUAGUACACAUCUAAAGCCUACCUAUAUGAGGAAGAGGCAUGCACAAGUUCCAAGAGUCACCUUGUAAUUGUAUGUUUUUACAGAUUCUGAUACUGUGUGUUUCUGGGUCACUCUGUGCUCUUUCCACUUCAGUCUGUGUUUUGGGUUCUGAACAACUCUGUAUAAAAGUUCACUGUAAUGGAUAAUUUAAAAUCUGAUGUUACUUUCCCCUCUUUUGCCAAAGUGGGUGAAAUUUACAGGUAUAGGAGCCCCUCCAGAUUGGAUUAAGCCUGCCAAAUUGCAGGCAGAUGGAAUCCAACAAAAAUAGAGUCCAAUAAAAAGAGGGCAUAGAGUCCAACAAACUCAGAAUAAUAAAAGGGGCAGACUCCACCACAUGUCUUCACAUAAUGCAUAGUGAAACAGUGGAAUUCACUCCCACAAGGUUCAGUGAUAGCCACCAACCUAGAUGGCUUUAAGGGAGGAUUAGACAAUCGUGGAGGAAAAGGCCACUGAUGACUAUUAGCUGCGAGGGUUAUGUUCUGACUACCAACUGUCAGAGUUGGUAGGCUUCUUGAAUACAAAUUGCUGGAAACCAAAAGAGAGGGAGAGUGGUGUCAUGCUCAACUCCUCCUUUUGGGCUUCCCAUAGACAUCUGGUUGGCCACUGUGAGAACAGGAUGCUGGACUAGAUAGGCCAUUGGUACACCAGGAGACGCCUUACCAUAAGUGUUCCUAAGAAAAGAAGGCAGUCAGCCCCAUGGAUCCACCUUCUGACAUCUCCUGUUUGUUCUGGGGUAAGGGCUUAGUGAGCAUCUUGGCUUAAUGCAAUCUCUGAUGGCAUGCCAAUAGUUAGGUUUCAGUCCAAAAGGGAAUUUCCCAGUGUCCAUUUUCAGCUGGAAUCUGUUCACUUUCGGCCACAGUAUCAGAGGCCAAGUUCUCUUUCGGCAGUGUCUGCGUUCCAAAUAUUGUGUUACCCUUUUGUUCAUCUGGAAGCAGAAAGAAGCUCUGGAUUUAAGUAGCAAUGAAAUGGCAACUGAGUUUUCACCCUAAUUAUUUUUGGAUUGUACCGCAUGUUGUAUUAUUUAUCAUUUAAUCAAACAGGAAGCCUUUUUUUCAGAGAGGCAAAUUACAUGUGUAAAACAACACACAAACCAGGGUGCCUCAAAUGUUUCCAGUCUCUGAUUCAGUGUUGAAAGCAAAAUGUUGGCUGCAUCCAGACUGAUACUUUUUUGGAUGUGUUUCCACCAUAUGUUUUAGUUCAAGACAAUAUUUUCUUUUUAUGUUGUAUUAUAAAAAUCAUGUAAAAUGUUCUUUUGGAGAAUGGCUACUAUUCCUCUCCUUUUGCUAAUUAGAAGAUCACAGUACAAGGAAUCUGACAUCGUUUCAUAAAAUAGUAUGUGGAAGAAGCAAAGCACUAAACUGGAAUAGAAAAGUGUCAUCAGCAAUUUCUAGCAUCACUCAGAAACAAUAGCCUGCCAUUGUGAUAGUGAAAUGAAGCAGCCAAGAUGACAUUAAGUUGAAUAAAUAUAUUGCAAGCUAAGAUCAGUAUUUAUGUUGCUCUCUAUUACUAGGUAUGAUUGCAGUUUAUUUCCGAGAAGGGUAAAACACAUUUUCCCAAAAACAUUAGAAGUUUCAUUUUGAAAGCUUCUUUGGCAAUGGACCUCUUGAGAAAGUUGGGCCCACAUAGACACCUCCCCACAUGUGGUUCAGCUACUGCCUUUGCACUUCCGAUGUAGGAAUGGAUCAGUCUUUUUUCAGUGUGUAUUUGUAAGUCUGUUCUGCCCUGCCUCAGCCCCAAUCUGUUUUAAACACACACAUAUAUAUACACACACACAUUACAAUUCACAGUAUUUUGGUAUGCAUUUCCCCCAAAGCACAUGGGGUUUGUAUGCAUUUAAACAAAAAUAUGCAUUCUUGUAUGCAUGUGUGUUGAGCGUGUUUGUAGAAUCUAAAUGAAUCAGCCCAAGAUUUAUUUAUUUUUAAUGAAACCCUUGUUUGUUUAUUUUGCCAGACUUACAAAAAAUGGCAGAGUUGCUCUCCUGUUUGCAUGGUAUUGCCUGUGGCUUAUAUUUUCGGUGAGACUUUUUAUGAAAUGUCUUUUUUAAGCUAUCAAUUAUAUGCCAGUAUAAUGGAACUGGUCGUGUGAUGACUUUGCUAGUGGGAAUUGUGACUCACAUCCUUAUUAGAACAGGAAGCUUGCCAAGUAUAAAGAUACACAAAUUUGUCAUGUCCAUGUUUUAUAUUUUUAGGUGCAGACUUAAAACAUCUUUAAAAACACACACACACAAAGAUGUGAAGUGGCUCCAGAAGGGUAAAGAAUCAUGAAAGAAACAAAGGAUAAAGCAAUAGUUUUAGAGGGACUUCCCAGGGAAGAGGCACUCACAAAUGCUGUUUUAGUCAUAGGAAUCUGGUUUAAUGAAUUGGUUACCAAGUCAAAAUCAUCCAAAGGACUUCUACUGUGAAAAUUAUUUUGGGGUUUAUCACUGAGGAAGGCAAAAGAUCUGCUGUGAACACGCAGGAUAUAAUUGUAAAUAGCCUAUUUUUCAAAAUGCCAUACUUAAGGCUUUAUUGAAACCACCCUAUGUACACUAUGUGCAUGCAUAUUUUUGGUUUUGAAUCAGGCACAUGGAAUACUUCUGCCUUUAACUCAUCUGCAAGGUUUGCAGGAAAAUUGCUGCAUGCCUGAGGGAACAUGUUGCAAUUAGAGUUGAUCAGAAUUGCAGUUCGUGGAAAGAAACAUAAAUAGGGGGUGACAUUUUAGGAGUUUUGUGGCGGAAAGCACGUCAGUAAACACAAAGGAUAUAAAGAAACAGAGCUGAGCAAUGCAGUCAUUUCCUAGGCAAGCGCUAUGCCUUUGCUAUUAAUCGAUAAAGCACAGAAACAUCUGAGUCUUCUCCCCUGUUCAUUGAAGUCAGUGACAGAAGUUCCAGUUCUCUCCUUGUCAUCUAGGUUGGGCCCUAACUUUGGGACUAUAGUGGUACCUCGAGUUACAAACACCUCAGGUUACAAACGCCUCAGGUUACAAACUCGGCUAACCUGGAAGAGUUACCUUGAGUUGAGAACUUUGCCCCAGGAUGAGAACGGUGCAGCGGCAGCAAGAGGCCCCAUUAGCGAAAGCAUGCCUCUAGUUAAGAACAGUUUCAGGUUAAGAACGGACCUCCAGGAUGAAUUAAGUUCGUAACUAGAGGUACCACUGUACGUUAAUUGUAUUUUCGAUAACUGUUACAGAAAUUAGCAGCCUUUUGAGUGGGUCCACAGAAGCAUGAUUUGCAGACUAAUUCUUAUACCAUAGUGUUCUUUCGUAAGGUAUGCCAACAGUUGUCAUACUGUACAGACAUAUCACAGAUCACUUUUCAGUCACAGCACUCCAUUGUAUUUAAUAAGUGCAUUUUCCUCUAAUGCAAGCCGUGCCCAUCAACAGAUAAUGAAACCUGGCAUGUGUUAAAUGUGUUGUUGUUUUUGUUUAGUCGUUUAGUCGUGUCCAACUCUUCAUGACCCCAUGGACCAGAGCACGCUGGGCACUCCUGUCUUCCACUGCCUCCCGCAGUUUGGUCAAACUCAUGCUGGUAGCUUCGAGAACACUGUCCAACCCUCUCGUCCUCUGUCAUCCCCUUCUCCUUGUGCCCUCAAUCUUUUCCAACAUCAGGGUCUUUUCCAAGGAGUCUUCUCUUCUCAUGAGGUGGCCAAAGUAUUGGAGUCUCAGCUUCAGGAUCUGUCCUUCCAGUGAGCACUCAGGGCUGAUUUCCUUAAGAAUGGAUAGGUUUGAUCUUCUUGCUGUCCAUGGGGACUCUCAAGAGUCUCCUCCAGCACCAUAAUUCAAAAACAUCAAUUCUUCAGCGAUCAGCCUUCUUUAUGGUCCAGCUCUCACUUCCAUACAUCACUACUGGGAAAACCAUAGCUUUAACUAUACAGACCUUUGUCGGCAAGGUGAUGUCUCUGCUUUUUAAGAUGCUGUCUAGGUUUGUCAUUGCUUUUCUCCCAAGAAGCAGGCGUUAAAUUUAUCACUUGGUAAUUACCGUAUUUUUCUCUCUAUAACACUCACAUUUUUUCUCCUAAAAAGUAAGGGGAAAUGUCUGUGCAUGUUAUUGAGCGAAUGUGUGGUCCCUGGAGCCGACUGGCCCAAGUGCAGGGGCAAAAAUCAGGCAAAAAUCAGAUCGUGCGUCACGGAGGAGAGGAGGCUGCUGCUUUCCUGCAUUCUGCCUCAGGGUCUUACUGCCCACCCUCUUCUGUUUUCGGUUGCUGUGUUUGCUCAAACGCAACAAAGAGCAGGGAAAUCCCCUGCCCUCCUGGCAAGCAGAGGGGAAAGGAAAGGAUCGCGUCCUUCCUUCUAAUUCCUUCCUAGUCACACUGCGCGCAGGCUCCAGCCCACCCCGCUCAGCAUUCUAGGGACUUGCAGGCAGCCGGAAAACAUGCAGGUGGGGGAGAGAGAGAGAGAGAGAGGGCUGGCUUGGGUGGGUGGGAGGAAACUUUUGCCUUCCUUUCCUCCCUCCCGUUAAACCCCUCUCCUGCAUUGUUAGCCAGCUGCUUCUCCGCACACCCCUCUCGUGCUCCUUGUCCCUUCUGUGUUUUUCCUUCCCUCCCCACUUAAAACGUGGUUACAAAGCACGGAUCCACAUGGAUCCUCAGGAUCUUUGCAUUGGGUCACCCCAAAUUCACCAUCAGAUCACAUUACAUGUCCAUGGCUACAGCCUGCACCAAAAAAAUCACGCACCCACUGUUGCCUGGGGUUGCAAUGGUGCAAAAACGUGGUUACAAAGCACGGAUCCACAUGGAUCCUCAGCAUCUUUGCAUUGGGUCAUCCCAAAUUCACCAUCAGAUCACAUAGCAUGUCCAUGGCUACAGCCUGCACCAAAAAAAUCACGCACCCACUGUUGCCUGGGGCCACAGUGGUGCAAAAACAUGGUUACAAAGCACAGAUCCACAUGGAUUCUCAGGAUUUUUGCAUUGGGCUACCCCAAACUCACCGUCAAAUCACAUGUCUGUGGCCACAGCAUGAAGCACAAAAAUGAUACAUCCACUGUUUCAUUCAGAAUUUUUUUUCUUGCUUUUCCUCCUCUAAAAAUUAUGUGCGUGUUAUGGUCAGGUGUGUGUUAUAAAGCGAAAAAUACGGUGCCAGGUAAACUGAUUGUCUGCAGAUGGCCUCCUCUCUGAAAAUCAGACACUAGGUAUUCUUUCAGCAAGAUAUUAUUAGCAUGUUGUGGAUCGGGAAGGAAUUCUUGCGUAAACAGAUUUCCUGGUGAUUAUGGGGUUUUUUUGUCUUAAGGAAAGAUAAAAGCUCCAGAACCUCCAGGCAUCUGCUUAUAUAAAAAUUCCUUCCCAAGCCACAAUGUGGCAAUAUUUCCCUUGAGGCUCAACGUUCAGUUGGUGUAUAAACCAAGUGCACUGGAAUAGACAGGGCCAGUUUGUCUAUAGAGCAAAUGGAAUAUUUGAUUGAACUCACAGCCUGUGGCAGAGCUGUGUGAUCAUUUGCUGGUGCCCCAUGCUCUAUAACACUAUCCUGAAAUGCUGCUCUUUUAGCAAUAUACAAUGACUUCUCUGCUGAGUGUGUUGGCCUUGUCUGUGAACUCACAUAGGUGUUGCAAUAUAGGUGCUACACCCUGGUAACAGACUCUAAUUUUGUUUUAUUUAUUAAAUUUAUAUAAAUGCACCGUGUCUUUUAAUUAUAUAGGCAAGUCUGCAAAUGGUGCUUUGGAUUAAGGCAAAAUCCUGCUUUUGCUCUUCUGAGUUGGUGUAGUCGCUGACCAUGUUGCAAAAUCCUACCUUGGGAGUUACCGUAAUUUUCGCUCCAUAACACGCAGUUUUUUCCUCCUAGAAAGUAAGGGGAAAUGUCUGUGCGUGUUAUGGAGCAAAUGCCUACGGAUGGCAGGGGAAUCUGCUGCAGUUGUGAGCAGUCCGUGGCUCGCUUUGAAACAGCAAAGCGGGUGUAAGCGGCUCCUGUCAGCGAGCCGAGCCGGGGAGGAGGGAGAGAAGCAGAGCGGGAGAGGAGCCGCUUACACGAGUGUAAGCGGCUCCUGUCUGGUUGGCUGCUUUAAAACAACCCCGUGCUCUCUGUCCCUGCCUGCAGUUUUUUGCUGUCCGAUUUUGGAUUAGCCACUGUAGGGGCUGUGUGUGUGUGUGCUUGAGCUAUUGUUCUCCUCCUCCUGCUUCCCGUUCACUCUCCCAGCGCCCCUGCGCUCUCCUGCGACUUUAGGAUUGAUACUCUGUGUGUCUGUCUCUCUCUCUGUUUGUGUGUGUGUGUAUGUGUGUGUGUGUGUGUGUGUGAGGCAUCGUUCUCCUUCUCUUGCUUCCCGUUCACUCCCCCAGCGCCCCUACGACUUCCAGUGCCCCUGCGACUUUUGGAUUGAGUGUCUGUGAGGGAUUGUUCUCCUUCUCUUGCUUCCUGUUCACUCCCCCAGCGCCCCUGCGACUUCCAGCGCCCCUGUGACUUUAGGGCGACUUUAGCAUGGAUCCACAUGGAUCCUCAGGAUUUUUGCAUUGGGCUACCCCAAACUCACCGUCAGAUCACAUGUCUGUGGCCACAGCAUGAACCACAAAAAUCAUACAUCCACUGUUUCGUUUAGAAUAUUUUUUUCUUGUUUUCCUCCUCUAAAAACUACGUGCGUGUUAUAGAGCGAAAAAUACGGUAUGUGAUUCUGUGGAUUUUGUGCUCAAUAUGUAGAAACUUAGUAUUUUUUAAAAAAUGGAAUUCAAGCAAGAAAAUGGAAUGUUUUUACAAGUUACAUUGAGAGGUCAGAGGGUGAGGGGUGACUGGCAAGAUGCUUAUUCAGUGCAUUAGUCUAACACAAAUACUUCCUGAAGUAUGAAAUGCUUUGAUCUGCAUAAGCAUGUACCAUAUGUGUGCAGCUGUGAUCCGUGUUUCCCAACCACUGGAAGGUUAGUGAAAGGUAGACUAUAGGUCUUAAGUCUGUGUUCAAUUUCUGCUUUUAUAUUCAGCAGUUCAUAAUUUUAUGUAAUACUGGAGCUGUAUGAAAAAUAUGCACAAGGGCUGAGUGAUAACAGAUUUUUUUGUGGUUUGAUUCAAUGUUGUUUGGGUGGAUUCAAAAUACUCAGGGCCGCAGGCUGAGAAGAAAAAGGGUUUUAAUUAAGGCUAUGUGACUUCAAAAUACCCGAGGCUACAUUAAAAGUUUGGGAAGCUUUUCAAAAUGUGAGGUUCUGUGUAGCUCCUUUAAGAUAAAUGUUUAAGCAGUUGUGUCACAGGCUAGCUGCCGCAAAAUUGCAACAGAGACCGGGAACAACCUUUUAUUGGUGGAGAGCAUAGAUUUUAAGUAGGCAUACUGCCAUGUGGUUGAUUCUGUACUAAGAGUAUUUCCAUGGGCAACGGGGGGGGGGGGGGGGCUGGAUUUGGCUGAUCACACCGUAAAAGAAAAAUUGGGCUGUUGGUUGUCAGAAAAUUGAUGACAGGCCACAGUUUUUAAAAGAAUUUAUCUGAAAUCACAACCCUGAAUGUUUGCACCUGCAAAACCGACUAAUAUUUUUUCCAUUGACUGUAUAACAUCAAGUUUUAGGGAAAUUCACCAAUGCAGUGGUUGGCAUUUACUAUCCUAAGCAUCUAUGAGCUUAAAGGUUUUAGGUUUCUGCUGAAAAGAACAAUCCCAUCUUGAAUUCCCACCCCCACCCCCUAACAUUUAACAUAAUGUAACAUAAUGCACUAUAAGUCACUUGGAGACAUUGGGUAGCAAGCAACUAACAAGUCUAAUACAAUAGUAAUAAUAAUCAAAUAAUAAUUAAUAGCAGACCUACCCUUCCUGUUUCCUCAUAUUUCUGCAUCCCCACCAUCAGCAGCCGGUGAUGUGGAGCUGGGGCAGGGCAGCCUUUUAGUGUCAACCUUUUGUUGAGCAUCACAUUUCAUUUCUACCCUUAUGGGCACUCCACAUGCUACUGAACUUUUGCCUACACAGCAAUUAAUGCCCAUGCAGACGUAAGUUGUUUUCUGAUAUGGGUACACAAAAUUUGACAGCCCCUUUCUGUACUGGCUACCCCAUCUGUGUGCCUUCAGCAGAAAAUAACAUGUCACGAUACAUGCAUAACAAAAUAGUUUUCCUAAUUGAAAAUUUAUCUCCAUUUAGGAAAAAGUGAUGCAUGGCAUGGCAAUAAAAUUCAGCUUUUGGAAGACUCUGACCCUGGAAUCAGCUUUAUCUUUGUGAAUAAUUUUGUGGAACAAACAUAAGAGCAGUCACACUGGGUCAUGCUAAUGGAUUAUCUCACCCCAAAUCCAUUCUUCGACCAGUGACAAUAUCUGGAUGCUUCAAUCAUGACAUUUAAUGAGGGGGGUCACUCUUUGCUUCAAACAACCUUUCUGAGAAAUAGCCUGUGUUUUCUGCCUAACAACCAUUGAUAUGCUUAUCUUAAAUACAUCUGUUUAGCCCUUUUUGGAACUCUGUUAUCCUUUUGGCCACUUUUCGUUCUGUGGAUGGAUUCUUUUGAGAAUCCAGCCUUGAAAACUCCAUUCCAGAGCUGCAGAACAUAUGGCUAUUUUCAUUCAUUACUGGAUAUGUUUCUCUAGGCAUGUUAUUUUAAAAUAAUUUAUUUUCGGUAUAAUGGUUUUGGUUUGGAGCUCCUUCUCAUUUCAUUUUUCUUUCUCUUGCAUGUUGUUAUUUUUUAACAAGCUUCUGCUGGGUAUGGCAGGCUCCACGGACGAAACGCUUCAGGAAGCAGCAGCUGGUUGCAUAGCAAACAUCCGAAGGCUGGCUCUAGCUACAGAGAAAGCAAAGUACGGCUGAAACUCCAAACACAGUUUUUACCACGUCCUCUGAACUUUCCUUUUUAGUACUGCAGCCUGCAAGCUCAGAGUGGGCAGACACUGAAUUAGAAUGCCUCAGAAAUGUGCAUUUAGGCUGUUUUUACGGCUGAUUUACAUCUGAUCAGAAUUAACACAAGAAGUAGAUAUGGAACAAAAUUUGGAAAAAUCCUUUAAUUUAAUUUAGCAUACUAUUUUUUCAGUCCCUCUUUUAGUCCUUUUUUUUUUUUUACUUUUUCUAAAAUUGCACCAGAGGCUAUCGAAAAGAAUGUAAGUUUAAGAACAUUGUCUCUCCGCAUCUCUGUGUGUGUGCGCGUGCGUGUGAUGGGCAUAUAAUAAAGAUGUUUUCCCUUAC